CCGAGCUGCCUGUCUCAGUAAGUUCAGAGCUGGCCGCGCGCAGACACCGCGAGGAACCCGGACCGAACCUGAGCGCUCCCCGGCCCGCGGGCUACCAGCUGGCCCCGCCGGCAGCACAAGCAGCGGCCGCCGCCGCCUCCUCUCCCGUGUUACCCCCGGCGGCUCGGGCGGGAGAGCGGGAGGCAGGCGGAGGGGGGGAGACCAUGUUGCGCCUGGUCUCCCUGAAGUUCGGCCGGCUGUACCGGUACGGGAAGCUGCUGUUCGCGGCCAGCCUGCUGGUGGUCAUGCUGCUCAACACGCACUCCCUGCUCGCCUCCUUCCAGCGCAACGAGCUGGCCGACCGCCGCUUCCUCAGCCUCAAUAAGUGCCCGGCGUGCUUCGGGACCAGCUGGUGCCGCAAGUUCAUGAACGGCCAGCUGAGCUUCGAGGGCUGGGCCAGGCUGCGGCUCCUCGACUUCUUCAACGUCAAGAACGUGCACUUCGCGCAGUACGGGGAGCCCCGGGAGGGCAGCCGCAGGGUGGUGCUCAAACGGCUGGGCUCCAACCAGGAGCUGGCCGAGCUGGACCAGCGCAUCUGCAAGAGGGCCACCGGCCGCCCCCGCUGCGACCUGCUCCAGGCCAUGUACAAGACACACUUCGCCCGCCUCAACGGCGACGUCCGGCUGCUCACCCCGGAGGUGGUGGAGGGCUUGUCGGACCUGGUGCACUGCCCCUCGCAGCGGCUGCUGGACAGGCUGGUCCGCAGGUACGCGGAGACCAAGGACUCGGGCAGCUUCCUGCUCAAAAACCUCAAGGACACCGAGCGCAUGCAGCUGCUGCUCACACUGGCUUUCAACCCGGAGCCGCUGGUCCUGCAGGUGAGGAGGGAAACCCUGGGACUGGGGCAGCACUCCCACCACUCUCAGCCAGGAUAGUAUAGUCACCUGGGGGGGUGAGGAGGGAAUCUCUGUGGCAGCACUCUCAGCCAGGAUAGUAUAGUCACCUGGGGGGAGGAGGACUAGUCCUGCAGGUGAGGAGGGAAACCCUAGGACUGGGGCAGCACUCCCACCACUCUCAGCCAGGAUAGUAUAGUCACCUGGGGGGAGGAGGAGGAGGGCUGGUCAUGCAGGUGAGGAGGGAAUCCCUGGGGCAGCACUCCCACCACUCUCAGCCAGGAUAGCAUAGUUUCUCAUCUGGGGGGAGGAGGAGGAGGGCUGGUCCUGCAUGUGAGGGAAACGCUGGCACUGGGGCAGCACUCCCACCACUCUAAGCUAGUAGACGAGAGUAGUGAUAUUCAAUAGGGGGAGCUAGUAAUGCUAUAAGUGACAAUUGGGGCAGUACUCCCACCACUGACAGCCAGGAGUGUAUAGUUCCUCAUCGGGGGAGGGGAAUGAUCCUACAGGUGAGGAGGGAUAUACUGUCACUGGGACUUAUCUAUCGACACACUCGGCCAGCAGGAAGGAAAGUGUUUUUCCUUAGGAGAAGGGGGUGCUGGUGCUGCAGUUGAGGAACAUUAUUCUCCCGACUGAGUGAGGCAUGAAGUGUCACUCUCAACACUCUAAGCCAACUUAAAGUGUGGGUAAUAGCCAGCAGACGAAUGUGUAUAAGCAGCUAAGUAGGAUUUAGACAUGAUUGCCAUUCUCAGCUGCAAAAUGUCAGGUUAGCACGGGGAGUGUUAGUCAUAGAAGCGGCAUGGGGUCAUUUACCUGGCAGGGAUGUCGCUCAGGCACAUGUCUAUGUGGAUGACUUGCAAUCAGCCUUUAAUUUGUAAAUACAGUGAAAGAUUCGUGUGCAGUUGUAUGUGGAGCUCUGAUCAUUUCAGUGUACAGAAGCAAAGUGUGUGUGGUACACAGCAGCACCAGAAGGUAUUACUGUACUAAAAUAAGAGCAUGUAUAGUAGAAUAGCUGAUUUGUAACUUCUAAAUUACAAGACUUUAAAUCGAAGAAAUAACAUACCCUGAAUACAAAGGGAAAGUCCAUUUUCAGGUUUGCUUGUUUAACGUUGUAUUGCAACAUGCACCUUGGACUCCCUGUAUCUACUCAGUACCGUUUACAGUAUUGUUUAAGCCUGAUAUUAAUGCCUCCCCCUUAUUUAUGUGUAAAUAGUCAAUAAGUGUUUUUGGAUGUCCAUUUGUAAUUUGUCUUGAGUUCAGUUUGAGAGAUUUUUGCUGAGUUGUGACAUUGUAUUGCACGUAUGCAAUAAUGUUAUGGCAGUCCUUGCUAACCAUUGUCACUAAACCCCAAAGCUUCCCAUGUGACUGGCUGUCUCAUAAUGGGGAAAUACUGUUUACCACUUGCAAGAAGGUAGAAGAAUAUAUUGUGAGAAUGUAUUCCGCAUUUCCGUCAAAACUUUGUGGAUACUUACUGGUGAACUUGGGAGAACAAAUGCUAAAUUUGCCCUUUAGCUGCUUCAAAAACAAUUUCAAAGUAUCAGUGUUUUUUUAUUCACAGUAGUCUGUUAAAAAUAAAGGUCAGGGUGUUUGUAAUCCCCUCUUAAUGGGUAGAUCUAAGAAGUACAUUACCUAUCUUAAUCGUUUGGAGGUUUGCUUUCAGAUGAAGUGUCAAAGCUUUUAUUUAAAAUGUUAUUUUAGCCCAAAAAUACCUUUUUGCACUUUACUUGCCCUGUACAGAUUACUCCUUCCGAAUAUGCUAUUUACAUUUUUUCCCCUGUUCUGGAUUGUUCUUCUCUGUGUCAUGAUGACCCUUAGCAUCUAAUAGUUUGCACUCUUUUGGGUUAGUGACCCUUUAAAAUAAGAUGUUUUCUCUGUGCGAGUCGCUGUCCCAAUGGGGAUGAUAUUUUUUACACAUUUGAAUAGUGUGUAAAACUCUACUGACAUCCUAGAAUAGAUUAAACUAGAGCAGAGAUGCAUGUUGACUAUAACAUUAAUAGGAACACCAUCUGGGUUUAAUUUCAUUAUUCACACUAGUUGUGUUACGCACAUAUCACAGGAUUCAAAAUAUGUAUACAAUCCAGUUUCAAAAAGCUGCUUAACAUUCCACAUGACAACAGUUUUUUUCCUACUGGUUCUGUAAAUCAUCUCUCCUUUUGGUAUCCUCAAAGACUGCAUAAGUGGUUUUGAUCCUUCCACAUUUUGUGAAGUAGUCAUAGAUCUAUUAUUUCAGAGUAAAUUGACCCGGCUCAAAUUUCUUUUUUGUAUCUUCAUAUUAAUUCCAGUUUAAUGGCUUUUCACAUGUACAACAAAUAUCUAUAUAUAUUUCCUCCAAAAUAUGUGCAGGCAUGUAUGAAUACUAAAUACUGUGUGUUGUUUUCCCAUGACUGAAAUGCUUGUUUAAUACAUGCUUCUAAAGUCUUGAAGAUGCAGAAAUGUGAUUUAUCUUUUUCACUCCCUCACUGUUCAGCACUUUACUGCAGAAAUAAAAUUAAUUGCAGAAUUUAAACAUGCUGCAUUGACAAGCGAUCAAUAAAUAAUUUAACACUUGUUUAAUUACUACAAAAACCUGCUUUUUCAUGUCUACAUAGGCAAAUGUUGGGUAUCGGUUUUACAGUUGGGUUUACUUUAAACCUCUAAUCUUUCUUAUGUGAAAUGGUCAAAACGAUAUACUGUGGACAUUUGACACUUUAUUGUGAAAUACACAUUGAAUUGAGAAACAUUAGCAAUACAAAGAACUUCCUUGCUAGUAAGGAAUCUAGCAUGUUUACUUUAAUUACUAUCCAAUCUGGUGCAUUUGUGAAAAUCCGGCAUUUCUUGGUAUAUAAGCUAUUGGGUAGAUUUCUGUUUGAAAUCUUUUUUUUUAAAUUUUUUUUUUUUUUUAUAACUGCCUUUUGUUAUUCUUUAUACAAAGCAGUCUUUAUUACCUAUUGUCUUUAGUGAUCAGUAAUAGCUCUAAUUUCAAUCUGUUGUAGCUAAUCAUCAUGUAAAUUUGAAUCCAUACCUGAUGAAAGAGCAGCCCCCUCUCAGCACCUUUACACGAUUUAGCAUAUUUUAUUAUUAUAAUUGCCAUUUAUAUAGCGCCAACAGAUUCCGUAGCACUUUACAAUCUUAUACUGCGCCAACUUAUUACACAGAAUUUUUUACAAUAUUAUUUAUAGUAAUGAUUUAACUCCUGUUGUUCAAUCAUAAAGAUUUAUAGGGGUACCAAAGACAGCACUCCAGUUCGCAAAUUUGGGUUAAGUUUAACCCCUUAAAGACCAAACUUCUGGAAUAAAAGGGAAUCAUGACAUGUCACACACGUCAUGUGUCCUUAAGCUAACUACAUUUUGUUUAUAUUUAAAUUGUCUAUCGCCUGCACUUAAACAGUCAAAUUAAGAGCAAAGUGUCCCACAGUAACUAUACCCCUCCACACACACACUCAUGUAUAUUUGUUUUUAUUACCUCUUCUGAUGAGACCUUUUGAACUUUACUGUGUAUGUCUGUUUGUAUAUGUGUGUUUAAUAAACUAUUGAACUAUUUGAUUUAUAAUUUCUUGAAAAGGUGACAUUUCCUUGUUAAUUGUUAGUGUUGAGCUGCCUCCUCCUCUCUGUAUAUGGGGGGAGGGGGGGAAUAACGUUCUUACCCCUGUAUUUUCUGACUUGUCACAGGCAAGAGAAGCUAUAGAAAAUAGAGAAUCUGAUAUAUGGUUGGUUAUUUGUUUGCAUUGGAACAUUUGUUAUGACUAUGUCCGUUAAACUGUAAACAUUUUGCUAUAGUAGUAGCCAUCCCACAUCAGACUCAAAAAGUGGUACAUUUUAUCGAUCAUGUGUAACAUUUUACAUUAUUUUAAAACGUUUAUUUGUAGUGUAAAACAGUGUGCAGUCUUAAACUUAUGUUUGCAGUACAAAAUAAAUCUGUUGUAUUUUGUUAAUCUAAAAACAUAAAGCACUUUAAAUAGUCAUGUCACUUUGCACAGUGUAGAAGAUUCCUUAAAUCAGAAUUUCUGCAAAGUCCCAGUCUAAUAAUUAUCAUCCACUUUUUGUAAAGAAAGCUGCUUUAGAGGUUUUGGAAAUAGCUGGUUACUAGAUUUAGUGUUUGAGUUUUUUAUUGUUCUAUAUGUCUGCUCUGGUAUAUAUACACUCCUAGCAAAUGGUGCGUUGGUUUACUGAGGGAUCCAUUGGAUGAUAAAAGGCAUGUUUGUAAACCACAACUUUAUUCUGUGGCAACUAAAUCUCUCUCCAGCUGCUAAGAACUAAUCUGAAAACUUGACAUGGAGCCUCUCACAGUAUUGUUGUCUAGUAGUAGAUGUUAAGAUGCUAUACGUGUUGGCUCAUUGACGCUUUUAUUAAACCCAACUUUCUAUUGCUCUUAAUUAGGAUAUUGGUAUAAGUCUGUUCUGCCGUUAGUUUCAUAACCAUUUAUUAAUAUUUUCCACAGAGGUACUGAUUCUAAUGUAUGUAAUCAUUCAAAAAAUAUUUUCUGGGAUGGUUUUUAAAAUGGAAAUGUUUCAUUUCUGAAACAAACUUCCACAUUCCAUCAACCCCAGAAAAUAAAUGUCAACGUAUUUAUUGGGAUGUGCAGCACAAGUAAAAUAAACACCUUCACAUAACAUUUAUGUUCAGGAAUAUGUCAUUCCCCCGUAAUGCUUGAGGUGGGUUAAUGUAUGCUUGGUUGCCAGCAGGAAAAUGCAGUAUAAGCACAUGCAUGAUUGUGGAUUCCUACCAUACAUGUGUAUGUGCAAAGGCACUGAGAAGGUUUAAUUUUAUAUGGCAUGAUCCCAGUGCGCCACGAUAGCCAGGUAUAUGAUAUAAAUGAAAGUGAUAAAUUAUUUAAAAUACCACCACUAAUAUAUGGCUUUCUGGUAUCUAUCCAGCUAUGGGGCGGGAAUCCUAUAUGGCCUUACUCAUUGAAAUGUUUAAGAUGUGAGUUGCAUGUGUUGGGCUCAAAGGUACUUUUUCGAUUUUGUUAAAGCUACACUCCAGACCUCCUUAGUUAAUUUAACAGGUUAAAAAUCUCAAUAGAAUUUGACACUUUUUUUUAUAAAUCUUGUUACACCCGCUUAGUGUCAGAAAACUGGUGCUAUUACUUCCUGGUUUGGUUAGCUAAGUGGAGCUAAACUCAAUAAGCUGGCAAUUGCUCAGAGCACCUGCCUUGCAAAGACUUCUCAUUGAGCUCACAGAAAGAGUGCAGCCACAACAGAGAUGUAAUCUAGAUUUGCUCUGCCUUCUGGAGCACACAAGGUAGCUGUGCAGCCAGUUGCCCAAAGCACACGUCCCUUGCAAAGACUUAUCAUUGAGGUGCAAUAGGAAGUCUGUGAUUGGGCAGCCACAGAAAGUGGUAGAAGGGUUUAGACGAGAUCUGCAGUUUUUGCAAACUGUCUUUAGAUCUGCCAGCAAUGGAAAAAAAAUACAUAAAUGCAAGCAUGUUUUUAUUGGGGGCAUAUCUACUGGGCAGUGAAAAUGUGUAUUUUGUGCAAGUUUGGUGUCUGACUCCAAACUGCCAAUGUGCUAUUGCCCUGUUUUGUCAGUGUUUUUUGAGACUUUUGACUUAAAAUGUGGUUCUCCCCCAGCCCUCUAAGCCUGGCCUCUUGCUUUGCCACUUGCAAUUUAAAAUUUCUUUUCUGCUUUCUCUGUUCAAAACCAUCCAACAGCAGUGAAGGGCUGCAAUCACUGCAAAGGGGUGGAGCAAUACGUAAUAAAGUGUUUCUCUCAAGAAAAAUGAAUUGGACAACUUCUUUUCCUUUUUGUCUAUAUAUUAAAUAUUUAUUUGCUCUGAGUCUGUAUUGUCCAUAUUUUAGAAUGGGAUCUGUUAAAGGAGUGCUAUUGAGUCAGGAACACAAACACGUAUUCCUGACCCUAUAGAGUUAAAACCACCAUCUAGCCACCCUGUCCCCCUCAUGCCUCCCUAAAAAUAGUAAAAUCUUACUUGUAUUCAAGCCUGAAGCUGUUUGCCUCAGAAAAACAAGCUGUCUGCUGACAUCAGAAGUGGUGACCUGAUCCAAUCCCAAUGCUUCCCCAUAGGAUUGGCUGAGACUGACAAGGGGGCAGAUCCAGCACAAUUCAAACACAGCCCUGGCCAAUCAGCAUCUCCUCAUGCAUUUAAUCUAUGAAUCUCUGUGAGGAAAGUUCAGUGUCUGCAUGCAGAGGGAGGAGAUACUGAAUGUUUGGAUGCAUUUUAGGCAGCCAUGACCCAGGAGGGAUCUCUAACAGCUAUCUGAGGAGUGGCCAGAGACGUUAUCACUAGGCUGUAAAGUAAAUAAUGCAUUUUCUCUGUUUACAGCAAAAAGCCUGAAGGUAAUGAUUCUACUCACCAGAACAAAUUAAAUAAGCUGUAGUUGUUCUGGUGACUAUAGUGUCCCUUUAAUUUAUUAACAUUUUCAUCCUACCUUGUGAAAGCUUACAUUCAAUUGAACAGGUAUUUGUUUUCUGUGUGCUUGAUGUUUUAAGUCUGCACCCACUCCUUGGUGUGAUUCUGAUUUUAGCUUUCUGCCUGCAAUUCAAACUGAAUUUUCUUGAAAGUUAUGAAAUUUAUUAUGAAGUAGUAUUUCAUGUUUAGCUAUUCUUUGUGUUAAACGCAGCCUAGGUGUCUAGCUUUCAUUUAUACUUGCGCUGCAAAGUAUUUAUUUAUAUGGUGCCAACAUAUUUUGCAGCACUUAAGGGAUAGAAUACCUCACAAAAAUGAGAAAAGAGAGGUGGAGAGAGCCAUGUUCAAUUGAGUUUACAAUCUAGAGGGAUUGGCGGCAUAAUGUAAAGAACGAGUGUGCCCAUUAAAAGAUGAGCCAAGAAAACUUGCUAUCUGAGCAGUGGUGGCCACACUGGUGGUAAAGGGACACUCCACUGUUAAAAUAAACAAAACACUAGUUAGUUGAUAAACGCACAUUGAAAACAAGCUUACAUUUAUUCAUUUUUUUUUUUUCAUCAGAGGUACCACAAAUCUGAAAACAGCUUGCAAAAGCUGCAGAUCUCUUGUCUGAAGCUUUUGCAAGCCCUCCAUUUAAAACUCCACCCAGAUUUUCUGUGGCUGUCCAAUCAGACAACAUUGAUUGGCUGAGUAGAGUUAUACAUCGUGGGACAGCUCCAGGGGAACUGAACCAGACCAGUUAAAUUUUGUUCAGCACAAACUUACCAUUUACAUUUUAUUAAUGCAACUAUGUUUUUAUUCAUUUUGCGUAUUACAUGUACACUGGAAAAAUCCGGUUAUUGCAGGAAAACAAAGGAUAAUGCUUGUUUAGGCUAUAUUAAAUACAUUGUGUGUAAAUAGAAGGAAUUUAGUCAAAUUGAAAAGUGUGACAAUUAUUUGUUAAAGUGACUGUCACCAUAUAGGGUCUUUGCAUAAUUUAGCAAAAGACCCCCGCUGAUAUCUCCACUGGGAGUUUGGUGGCUAUGGGUGCCACGAUCCUUUCAUCUGCUAUUCUUAAGCACCUGGUGCUUCAGCUGCCAAAAGCAGACGUCAGCCAUAUACACUUGGACAUGCACUAUAGUACAGCAUUGAUGUCUAUGGACUACCCUGCGAGAUUUGAUUAUAUCAAAAAUAAUUAUUUCAGAAUGAAGGUCACAGAGCCCACUUUAAGGUAUUAAAAACAAAUAUAUACUUUGUAAAACUUUUUCCCCAUACUUCUCAGUUUAGAGAAUAAACACUUGAAAUAAGAUUCAUUUGAUCGCUCAUUUUAAGUUGUGUGUUACUGCAUUUACGUGGUAGGUGGACCGUUAAGUGGAUAUUGAUAGCAUUUUCCAAUUUUUUAUUUUAAUUUUUUUUAAACCUGUACUGCAUCUAGUCUGUAGAGUAUUAUUGUGUUUAAUGGACGUUGAUCAUUUUCAUUUAUGUGCAGACUAGAUGGGCUGAAUGGUUCUUAUCUGCCUCACAUUUUAUGUUUUUAUGUUUCAUAGUUUGAAAUUUGAAUGCUACUUUUUGCUCUCUUAUUUUCUCUUUUUAUUUUACUGGGGUUGUCUGAUUUCCACACAUUGUCUUGGCUCAAGUGUUGACUGACAUGAUUAUGAAGCAUCCAAUGGGAGGUUUAUUUUUCAUACUGAUAAAAUAGUUGUUCAUAAUUGGCAUUCAAUUUUGUUUAAAUAUUUUUAUUUUUUUUAGAAUUGAUCUUGUUUGGGCGUUUGGUAGAUCUACAUUGUCUGUUUGAGACCUCAGAUUUGAGUUUUGGUUUUUGUUUCAGCUCCUGCUGUACUAAGAUCCUUGGUUAUUCUGUAAAAUGGACAUAUUUUCUGACACUUUGCUACUGAAAGAUUUUAAUUUUUUUCUUCAACACUCAAAUAUCUGUUUUCAAAUUAUGAAUCUACACUAUUCUCUGAGCCGACUUUAACUUUCUCAGUAACUGGUCUAACGUGUUUCUAUGAGAGGCUAGGGCGAGAAUGUGUGCUUGUAGCUUACUUUCCCUUUAGGAAUUGUUAAUGCUGUCUUUAUAUAUGGGAAGGAGUUUCUGGGAUUGGACAUCUGAUCAGCUGUCUUAGAAGUUAGGUGGAGCUAGCCUCCUCUGUUGUGUGUUGUUUUUUUUUUUUUUAAAUGCACAAUUGUGAGCAAUCGUCUAUUACAUUUUUUUGAGCACAGACUUUAAUAUGCAUUGAACUUGUUCCUUAUGUCUCUAGUUUUAUCAGUUCUUAAGCAUGGUUUCAACGAGUGGGUUUUGUUAUAAAAAUCCCAUUGUAUAAUCAAAAGAAAAAAGAUAUAUUUGUACAUGACUUAUCUGCAUAUGUGUUUGCGCUCAUACAGCUAUUUGAUGCCUUAGCUGUUGGUGCUUAAAUAAUAGAUGCUCAGAGUCCUUGUAAUCUCAUGCAGAGUUGGAUUACUUUGCUUUCCUAGGGGAUUUUGAUCUUAUUUUGAAGGCUGUUUGCGAUGUGGAUUACUCUAAAGUAGCCGUUCUAACAAAAUAGUCCCAAUCACUGAUUGUCAGUUGAUUUGAUCUCUCUAGAGACUGACAGGUCCUUAGCAGUUUGUAAUGGAGUCACAGGUGAAUGGAUUAACUGUGCUCUGAUGGAAUCUGCAAACCUACAUGUGGGUAUUAUGCUUACUUAGCCUUCGCUUGAGUAAGAUUUGAACUUGUUUUGCUUUAUUAAACAUCUAGGAGCCAACCUGCAGAAUUUUGAGUUUACCUCCACAGGUUUGUGGCUGGUACAGUCUGUGCAGUUCAUGAUCAUUGCGAUGAACUGGCUCCCUGCUAGGAGGAUGGGUUUAACCCAGUCCUUUUUAAUUGUGCAAUAUACAACUUCUACCUAAUCACCCGUGGAUAUACAGAAAUUAACUUAACUGUUUUGGAUACUUGCUUCCCUCAAGUUACCUCCCAAAAAUGUGAACUAUAUACAAGAUAUUAUGAAAUGCAAAUAGGACAGGGAUCCAGCUUGUAUUACUAGAACAUAAACAUAAAAUACAACAUAGCGUAAUAUUGUUAUAGCCUUAUUAAUCAAUGCUUCAAGGUUACAUUCACAGAUUGGUUGUAAAAAGUAAGCCUUCAGGGUGCCUCCCCUAUGAUGUCCUGCUGUUGGUAGUAGCUCCAAUCUGGAAACCAGGAAGUUCACACACUCCAAACGGUUGGAUGUAGAUUUGUUUUAAUUUAUUGGCAAAAAAGCGGUCCUACGCGUUUCAUUCCCUUUAGGAAGCUUCCUCAGGGACCAAUAUUAAAAUACAUGCAAUAAAAAAUACACUGAAAAUACCAUCAAGUGUACCAAUAAGCCUAAUUCCUCCUUCCCUUCCCUCCCCUUAAAUAUGGUGGAUACUGGAAGUCCAUUGUUGGUGUGGUGGGCGUGCUCUCAUGUUUCUCUGUGAUUGGACUUCUUGUCCUUCGGUAAGUUACCUCUGUGUGUUGUCUCAGCUGAUUCUAUUUGCCGAUCUGUUUUCCGUGGCAACAAGUGGAUGCCUCUUUAAUUGUGCGUAGUUUAUGUAUUCAGUUUUAUUUUCCUUUUUUCCUUUUUCACCAAACAUUACAUUUUAACUUUAAUGCUGAAUUGCCAUUUAUUUUUUUUAUUUUUUUAUACAAGUUGUAAUUGUUGACAGAGUAGAGAUUUGGUUAAUAUAAUGUGAAGCUUAUCUAUAUUUCUCAGCCACGCUGUUUGCUGGUUAGAAUUUUAAUUAACAAACUCUAUGGUGUCGUCGUACGCUUACCGCGCUAUGUUCCUCUGACCCUGGUAGUGAGGCGGACUGAUAAUAGCUUUUGGGCUGGUAGUUUGAGACUCCUGUUCUAACCCUUUAAUAGAAUUUGCUGAUCAGAAGCUGUGCUUAGAAUUGGCAAAAGAUCAGAAUGUGUCCCUGUUUAGAUUUAGGAGCAAUGGCUACCAUGUGAAAUCUUUCUUGAAUGUUUUUUUUUUUUUGGCGAUAUAAUUUUCAUAGAAAUAUAAUAGUACAAGGUAUAUUUAGGUCGGAACUGCGGUAAGUGUUUCUUUUAUUAGUGCAGGUUUAAACUGGCUCCAGUUUGAGCAUAAAACUUAUUGUGCUUCAAUGUUUCAGUAUAUAACGCUUUUCUUUCUGUUUCAUAGAAUUUUGUUCAGUAUAAAAAUGUUUUGUUUGUGUUUUUUUUUUAUUCUCUCCUUCCUUAAAAAAUUGAUUUUGGUCUUGUGUACUUUAUUUUCUGAAUAUCUCAAUCUACAUAAUUCCCCUUGGUUUAUUGCCUAUAAUUGUUAGCACUUGACAAUUCUGCAGCAUCAGGAAAUGAUUGAUUCUGCAUUAUGUGAUGUUCACAUCUCUGACAUCUGCUGUAUGAGAUCUCCCCAUUUGAAGAAGAGAUUAUUCUCUGUAUAUUUGAGUGACAUAAUUAAGUGUCCUUCCUUUACUUUACUAGUUACUUUUUUGUGCCAUACAGCUGUCUGUACUCUUCAUCUGUAACACCUUUUUUUAAUUUAAAAAUCUGGUGUUUUAGAAAUAAUUACUUGGCAUGUAAUUCGCAAUGUAUGAUGACUUGGAGUGAACAUGACCCCCCCCUUUUUUUUUUUUUUUUAAAUGUACAUAUUGUACGAGCCAUAUUGUCAUCUGAUACAUCUUCCAUUUCUAAUUUUAUGCACUCUUGUCUGAAUUGAUGUGGCGGCAUUCAAGAGGUCUUCCAUGUCAUUCUUUUGGGGCGAACUCCAAUCCAGUAUAAAUAAAAAAGCCCCCUGUGUGGAUAUGUAGCCUGAUAGCCAGCAAACAAUAACUGCACAUGAGCAGAUCCGUUGAAAUUAUCCUUGCCGCUAUGAGUAUUUAACCCCUUAAGGACACAUGACGUGUGACAUGUCAUGAUUCUCUUUUAUUCCAAAAGUUUGGUCCUUAAGGGGUUGCAGGCGUUUUCUCACUUUUCAGUUAUUCUUAUAUUAUGUUUAUUCCUGUUCUUAUCAGUUUUUUUUUUUUAGGUGUAGAAAAUAAAAUUAAAACAAUCUGUACUGCCUUAUCCUGCCAACUUGGGUGCCUCUAUCUUGGCUCUCUAUCAAUCAUUGUAAUAAGCUGUUCUUUGCAUCUGGCAGUCUGCAUAGAGAAAGCAUACACAGAAGAGUAACAAUUCAACAAUGUUUCUAUUUCUUCUGAUAUAUGCAGAAAUUGCCCAGGCUUUGCUCUGGUAAACAAAGCAUGCUGGCAAUUGUGACAAAAUAAAUUACUAAAAUUAAAACAAAAGGUGACUGGGUAUCUACUCAAAAAUGUGCUUACAGAGCAACUUUAGCAGCAUGGCGCUUUCCCAUGCAUUCCAUUUAAAAGGAUAUCACACUGGCCCAAAUACAAAAUAAAAAUCACUGUUUAAUAGAUUUACCCAAAAUGAAAACUUGUAUGCAUUUAAUUGUAUGUGACUGUGUCUGUCCAUGUUUGCCAACAUAACACUUCCAUCCCGGGUGAUCUUGGUAUACCUCUAUUCCUCUGUCCCCCGUAACAUCUCCCCAGUCCCUAAUUAUCGAACACCUGUCUAACAUUCUCUCCCAGCUCCUAAUUAUCUCUUCCUUGACCCCCAUUAUAUAACCCGGCCCUUAUUAUCCCAGUCCAGAUAUUUUCCAUAGCCCAUAUAUCUCUGCACCUCCUGUAGGAAGGCAAAGCUGUCAGCACUGAUCCUUCCUGUAUAGUUUAAUAGCCGGCGUGACUGGCAUCUGUAUAGUGAAAUAGAGGCAGUGACAGCCUGGUCAAGACAGCGUUAAAGGGACACACCACUGCCCAAAUACAAAAUAAAUAUCACUGUUUAGUAGAUAUACCCCAAAUGAAACCAUGCAUGUAUUUAAUUAUGUAUUUUUCCAUUUGGGGUUAUAUCUAAAAAAAAAAAAAAAAAAAAGCUUGCAAACCCUGCAGUUCUUUUAUAUCCUGCAUUUGUAAACAUUCUCUUUCUAACCCCACACAAGCUUUGUGGCUGUGCUGUUCAAUGAGAAGUCUUUGCAAGGCAGGUGCUCUGGGCAAUUGCUACCUCUUGAGUUUAGCUCCACUGAGCUAAACAAACCAGGAAGUAGCUGUAACGGCACCCCAGGGCAUAAAAGGGUUAAACCGCCGUUUAGUAGAUCUUGUAAUGACAUCUAUGCUUAGCCCCUUUUUGACAGUGUCAUGAAGGGCAGGAGUAUAGUCAUUAUCACAUAAAGCCAGGGUGAAGAGCGUUUUCACAACUAUGGUGUCAGGAAUAUACAUAUUUGUAUUCCUGACACUAUAGUGUUAUUUUAAGCAAAUUAAAGGAACAUUCUGGUCCCCAUAAUAACUUCAUCUAACUGAAAAUGCUAUGAUGCCGGGAAGCCCCUGGGUGCUCUCUUUUAAGGGGUUAAACUGCUCUCAUGGUUUAUCCCCAAAGGCUUCCUCCAGCUCCAGGUCGCUCAGUGGUAUUCGGCAUCUGAAACGGAGUGUCAGGAAGUGCAGAUUGACAUCAGGCAUGGGUGCCGAUUGGCUAGAGUUGACGCUCUAAGCCAAUCGCUAGUUCCCGGUUCAUAAGUUUUUUACGUUUUUAUGAAUGGGGAGCUACUGAUUGGCUUAGUGCCAGCUGACCGCUCUCGCCAAUCAGCAAUACCCCUACCCAGCGGCACUCUGUGCUUCCUGACACUCAGUAAAUAAAAGUGAACACAUUAACUCUGAUUUUUAUUUUAUUUUUUUUAUUACCUGGAGAGAUGAGAAGGUCCAGAGUUUCCCUGCCAGGCCCAGGUACCAAAGUCUUAUGAUGUGGUCCUUCCUGCUCGUCAUUUGUCCUUCCUGCUCCAAUCUCCUUUUCUUCUCCUUCAUUUGACAGUCUUCUUUUUCUUCUGACACUGUCUUCUAUAUUUGGCUCCUUUCUUCUUAUUUUGCGCCCUUCUGCUCCUUUCUCAUUCUGAUUCUUUUCUGCUCAUUGCAGACUCUUUUUGCUCCUUCUUAUUCUUUCUGCUCCUUUACCUUUGUGCUCCUUCUUAUUCUUUCUGCUCCUUUACCUUUGUGCUCCUUCUUAUUCUUUCUGCUCCUUUACCUUUGUGCUCCUUCUUAUUCUUUCUGCUCCUUUACCUUUGUGCUCCUUCUGCUCCUUUACCUUUGUGCUCCUUCUGUCCCUUUCUGCCCAUUGCAGACCUGUCCCUUUCUGCCCAUUGCAGACCUGUCCCUUUCUGCCCAUUGCAGACCUGUCCCUUUCUGCCCAUUGCAGGCCUGUCCCUUUCUGCCCAUUGCAGGCCUGUCCCUUUCUGCCCAUUGCAGGCCUGUCCCUUUCUGCCCAUUGCAGGCCUGUCCCUUUCUGCCCAUUGCAGACCCGGCCUGCAGUUCAUUUUAAAUCUCACACAAAAAAUAGCACAAGCUGCAAAAUCCAGGGGGGGCAAGCGCCCCCCCCGCGGACGCCCAUGUCUAUAGUGCCAGGAAAACUAGUUUGUUUUCCUGGCGCUAUAGUGCUCCUUCAACUUGCAAGACCAUAUUUUUUAUUUUUAAGUGUUUGAGGACUGCAUGUGCUUUUUUGUACUAGUUUCUAACGAACUUUCAUUACUAUCUUACAGAUCCUGCAUGUUAAGUGCGGUAGAGAGAGCAGAAUUGCAACUACCUUAUUUUACAAUGUAGCUGGCAAUACAAAAUGUAUACCCUUUUUGCAUCAUUCUUUUCUUGAUUUUGUUCUUACACCUUUCGUGGCAGUGUGUCCGUUACCUAAAUCUAAGAACAAUUUUCUAAAUAUUCUUACAGCAGACUGGAUGUUUCAGUCUGUGUAGGAGUAAUGCGGUUAUGCCAUGUUCAAUGAUUUUUAGAGAUUUUUUGUUUUUGUUUUUUUAUAUUUUUUCCCAUUUCCCUCUAUAAAAAGCUGAUUCUCCCACAUCUUUACAAGUAGUGAUCUAGUAGGCUUUCAAUCUGCAAAGUAUAUACUUGGCUGGUUCCAAGCUUGGUUUGACUAGAUAUAUUUGCAAUACCUUUUGAAGAGAAUUUUAUCUUCUUUUCAGUAUCCUGGCAAUGAAGUGAUGCAGAUAGCAUUUACAUUACAUUCUCUUCUGAGGGCUUUUGUUUCUCAUAAGCUCUAACUAAACACAGCUGUCAAAGGUAUUUUUCUUCUGUGUUAAGUAAAUUAGCAUUCUGUUUCCCUCAUGGCAUGAAAUUACAAACGGUACUGCAUCAUGCUUCCAAGCUACUCUACAGCCAAAUUUAACCCAAAUAGUCCAAAGAUCGGUUAAUGGUGAGAGCUGUGUGCCCUUUUUAGGUUAUGAAUGCUGUCUCAUUGGAGGACAGAUGUUACCAUUGUCUUUUGUGUGUUUCCUUGGCUUUGUGGUUCUCAUUCUGUGUGCAAGGUGGAGAGUUUGCACAGCUUGAUUUUCAUUGUUUUGGUUACAGUAAUUGACUAUAUUUUUACUGCAAAGGCACAUGGCAUGCUUAUUAACCUCUGCCAUAUGUGGUGGUAUAAAGCUUUGGGUACCACGGUUUAAAUGACAAUUUUUGUAGUGCAAACAUAUUCUGCAGCACUGUACAAUAGGUAAACUAGACAAACACAACGUGGACCUGUCCUCAAAAAUCUUGCAAUUUGCUUUUAAAUGCAAUUAUUUAUUUCUGCUUAUUCCUGCUGCAUUUUGCUAGAAUUGUUUAAUAGCACUCCUUAAAAUUGUGUAAGAGGGGUCUCUUACCUUUUUAUUUUUUCCAAGUUAGAACUGGCAACUGUUUUAACAUCUGGUUAUGAUAAAGAUCUCCUCCUGGUAUUGCUUGAGCAUAAUGCUUUAGUUGCAUGCGUGUGUAUGCUUGGCAUAAAUGAAGGUUUUCUCAAAUGGUAACAUUUGUAAUACAUUACUAUUGGAUCUUUUUAGGUUCUAGGGCACCAAUUUAUUAAAAAAAGUAUAAAAAGUGACAAAUGGUUUUAACUCUGUUCUGGACUUGGUAACAUCAUCUAUUCUUGUGACUGUCAAGGUGACAUUAAUAGAGGUGUGUUUAGCCCCGCAAUGCAAACAUUAGUAUAUCCUUCAUACUCCAGGUGGUUCGGCCACCAAACAACGAUUUUACACCUAUAGUGUCAGAAAUGCAAAUUUGUAUUCCUCACACUAGAGAUUGCCUUUAGUUUUUAAUCACUAUAUGAGCAAAUUUAGAACUUGAAGUUGGACUCUAUAUAGGCACGGACAUAUUCAUUUCAAUGAAGUGGUCUGGGUGCCAUGUCUGUCUUUUUAAACAUGCAACUGAAACAUUUUGCAUCUUCCUGACCGCCACUAGAGCGGCUUCUGCCCCAAUUAGUAGACUUAAAUAUGGCUAUUCAAUCUGAUGGUUUUAUAGAGAGCGUUGGAUUGAUAUAGCAUGGUAUUUGGCUAUGAAAGUGCACUUGCCUCCCAAUUUGGGCAGUGGAGUAUACCUUUUCAUUAUAGAAUUUUAAGUAAUCUGUAAUUGUUGAUGGCCUUUGAAAAUACAAGUAUUUAAAUAAAAUUUAGGUGAUUUUCUCCUGAAUAAAGUCACUUACCUUAUAUUCUAUUUUUCAGUAAUCCAGAGUGUAUAUCUUUUAAGGAAACAUCACAUAUAGAAAAGUGUAAAACCUUUAUAACUCAUAUUUUAUAGAAAUGUACAAAAUAAAAAUUACACUAUUAAAGGCUCCAGGGGUUCUCUUUAGUCGACAACUCCACUCUGAUAGGUAUCCCAUUGUACAUCGCUACAGAAUUUGUUGGUGCUACAUGUAAUAAUAUAUAUAAUAGAGCAUAUAAAAUGGCUCAGUAGAUAAGCUGUGUAUGGUUGGAGAUUAUACUGCCUCUCCCUGAUAUUCAGGAAUAAGAUGACCACAUUUCUAAAAGUAGAUAUCAUUUAGACCAGGGCUCGACAAAUCCCAUGUCGCCAAGGUGCCUGGGAUAUGCGAGCCCCUUAACACCAAAGCGGGCGUUCGGUCAAGCUGGGGAACUUUGUAGGAAGGCGGCAUGCUGGGGUUCAUGGAGGCAGGGGGAUGGCUGCGCAAAUAGGAGGGCGGCAAAGGAGCUGUGAGGUCUCUGCUCUUCUCCCGCGCACGCGCCACUUAGUGAGACCGGGGCUGGAAAAUGACAUAUUCCGCCCCCGGUCUCGGUAAGAAGCGCGAGAGCAGAGACCUCACAGCUCCCUCGCUGCCAACAAUACGCGCAGCCAAUUGCCAGUCUUCCAACAAAAUCCUCCAGCAUGUCGUCCACGUCCACCAUCCCCCAGCAUGCCGCCUUUCUACAAAAUACCAGCUUGCCGCCGACUGGACCCCAGUUACUAAAUCAAGCAAUGGUGUGUGUGUGUGUCUGUCUCUGUCAUGGUGUGUGUGUGUGUCUCAAAAAAAAAAAAAUAAUGCAUAAAAAAUAAAAUAAAACCCUGCACCUAAAACUACAGAGUAAGAGUGCAGCGCUACAGGUGUUUGUGUGUCUGUCAUGAUGUGUGUGUUUAGGUGACCAGACCCCUUCUGUUCACAAUGGAAUAGUAUUCUUAUUCUCCUUUUUUUUUUUUUUUUUUACCCCGUGCUGGUCUCCCCUCGACUGGCCCUGCAUCUAUGGCUGAGAUUAUCAAGCUUGAUUAUCUCAGCCAAUCCAAUGUUUUUCCCAUACAAUUUGCUGCAAAACGCCGCACCAAUCAGCAUCUCCUCAUAGAGAUGCAUUGAAUCAAUGCAUCUCUGUGGGGAACGUUCAGCGCUUCCAUGCAGAGCGUUUAGACGCUGAAUGUUGGUGCAGCAAUAACACAGGAAGCACCUCUAGUGACCGUCUCUAGAGGAGUGAGUGACAGUCAUUAGAGUUGUCACUAGGAAGCAAUGUAAACACUGCCUUUUCUCUGAAAUGGCAGUGUUUACAUUGAAAAGUGUGCAGGGACAGGCUCUAGACACCAGAACCACUACAUUAAGCUGUAGUGGUCCUGGUGACUAGAGUAGUGUGUCCGUUUAAGAAUUGUAUUUUAAAAUAUGGUUUCUAACUUUUUUUUUUUUUUUUUUUGUUUCAGCUGGCUCCUAGAUUCAAAGCAAAUUUGUCAAGCCCUAGACAAUAAAACAAAUUAAAAUACAAAAUAUAUAAAACGUGUGUUAAGGCUGAAAUAGUCCUCUAGAGAUGCAUUUCACAAAUGUUGUUUCUUCGGUCAGGUAAAAUAAAGUACCGUAUAAGAAGAGUUUUUCGGCACAUUUUUUGCGCUGAAAAACCCCCACUCGUCUUACACUCGCAGGAGUGUCUGUAUUAUGGCAACUUACAUUGCCAUAAUACAGACAAGGACUGCUGGGCUCAUUACAAGCCCGGCGGUCCUGUUCGGGGCUGGCAGGAAGCGUUUACUUACCUUUCCUGCAGCUCCUGUUAGCUCCCUUCUCUCUCCUCCGGUCCGGUCAGCUCCCGUCAGCCCCACUGUAAGUCUUGCGAGAGCCGCGGGAUCAGAGCCCGUGGCAACGCUUCGCGAGACUUACAAUGGAGCUGACCGGACCGGAGGAGAGAGAAAGGAGCUGCAGGAAACGUAAGUAAACGCUUCCUGCCAGCUCCCUCCUACACAGCCCAUGCCACUAGACCACCAGGGAGUGAGAGCCCUCCUCCCUGGCCAUGUAUCUAGCAGGGAGGGAGGAAGAAAAAAAUCUAAAUAAAUUUUUAAUAAUAAAAUAUUAAUUAUUAAAAAAAAAAAAUUAAUUAAAAAUUAAUAAUGCGCGCUCUGCGCUCAUACAUAUGCGCGCUCUGCGCUCAUACAUAUGCGCGCUCUGCGCUCAUACAUAUGCGCGCUCUGCGCUCAUACAUAUGCGCGCUCUGCCCUCAUACAUAUGCGCGCUCUGCCCUCAUACAUAUGCGCACUCUGCCCUCAUACAUAUGCACUCUGCCCUCAUACAUAUGCGCACUGCCCUCAUACAUAUGCGCACUGCCCUCAUACAUAUGCGCACUGCCCUCAUACAUAUGCGCACUGCCCUCAUACAUAUGCGCACUGCCCUCAUACAUAUGCGCACUGCCCUCAUACAUAUGCGCACUGCCCUCAUACAUAUGCGCACUGCCCUCAUACAUAUGCGCACUGCCCUCAUACAUAUGCGCACUGCCCUCAUACAUAUGCGCGCUCAUGCACACACUGUAAAAUAUUCAAUUAAUAUAAUUUUGGGGGGAUCUAAUUUUAUUUUGAAAGUUACCAGUAGGUGCUGCAUUUUCCACCCUAUUCUUAUACUCGAGUCAAUAAGUUUUCCCAGUUUUUUUGGGUAAAAUUAGGGGUCUCGAGUAUAUACGGUAAGUUGCCCAUCUUUCUUUGUAAAUACCAAUUUCAUUAGAGGUUAAAUGUUUUCGAAUGUGGUCACAAGCGUUUCUCCCAUUGUAUUUCUGAGAGAACUAACAUUUCUGCCUUGUUUUUAGGCAUUCUUCAAAUGUAGUUUUUUUUUUUCUUGGUUUUAUAAUAGAUCUUUGCCCUUUACAAAUGGAACAUGUUGGCCUUCUGUUAUAUAUGACUAUGAAGUCAUAAUCUUGGAAGGUUUAACUGAUUGCUGUCAAAUGCCACUUUAACAUAAGAUCAAUCCAGACACUGCUGUUGUGUCCUUGCUUAUGGCAUUAACUAGUUUUACAUUCUUAAUAAAACAAAAAGUCCUCCUAUAUUCGAGUUAUUUACACAAAAGGGCGAUUCACGUAAACAAGAGGACGCAAAGACUGCUGCUUCUUAGCGAAGCUUUGAGGUGCGAGACUGCUUGGAAGAAAACUGUCAACAUGUCUGAGAACAAACACCUAAUAAUUUAAGUGAAGUGUCUGUACUGUGAAUAGGGAGACUUUGAGAAGUGAGCAGCUCAGACAGGUUUAUUGGGUCACAUCUGCUUUGAUGACAGAAUAGUCUGCUAACUUUCACAGCACCAUACAUCAUCUUCUGCCUGGCCUUAUUUACAUGAAGUGUGUAAUUCUUCAGAAUGCUCCACUUUAAGGGAAUUCUAAAUAUAUUUCUGUAACUCCUAAUUAAACAUAGGCAUUUAAUGUAUCUGGUAUGCAGGGUGUUUUGCUAAUUGUAUGCCUACUUAAUACUGGUGGGAAAUAGAGGAAACUGUGUAGAAAAAAAAGAAUAUGUUGCGGUUUAACCCCUUCCCGACCCAGGACGGUUCAGGACCGUCAUCUGGAUUUUCCCAUUGCGGACCGAUGACGGUCCUGAACCGUCCUAACGGUUUCCGUUACCUGAUCGCCGUCGUUCCCCCGGCGGCGAUCAGCGUGGCUCCGGUUGUGGGGAGACUGCCUGCAGCCCAGACAGUCUCCCCACACUGAUUUAGGACCCCUGUGGCCAUGUGAUCGCUUAACACAGUGAUCACAUGGUCACAAUGGGUGUCCAUGUGUCUGCCUGCAGGGGGACUGUCUGUGCUGACAGGCAGUCUCCCUGCUAGUGUAAAAUCAGAAAAAAAAAUAAAGUUAAUGUUAAUAAAAAAAUUAAUAAUAAUUAUAUAUGUGUAUAUAUGAUAUAUAGACAUAUAUUAUAUCUAUAUAAUAUAUGUCUAUAUAUCAUAUAUAUAAUGCCAUACUAAGUGUAUUUUUAUAUUAAUAUGUAUUUAUAUUAAUAUAAAAAUACUUAUAAUUAAAUUACACACGUGUGUGUAUAUAUAUAUAUAACUAUAUAUAUUGUGUAUAUAUAUUAUUAUAAAAUAUAAAUAAGUAAUUUAAAUUAAAUAAAAAAAAUUUAAAAUAAUAAAAAAAGUUAAAAAAUUAUAUAGCUAUAUGAAAUUUUAUUCUAACUGUAUUUUAAAAUUAAUAUAUAUAUUUAUAUCAAAAUACACUUAGAAUGAAUUUGUAUAUAUAUAUCUAUGUAUAUAAAAAUAAAUAAAAAUAAUACUAAAUAUACAUAUGUCCAUAUACAAAAUUACAUAAAUAAUUAUAUAAAUAUACACGUAGACUUCAAAUAUAUAAAUAUGCAUAUAUAUUUAAAUUCUACGUGCGUAUUUAUGUAAUAUUUUUACAUAAUUCAGUAAUUUUAUUGAUUGCAAUUUGAGGGACCUGCCUGCCAACCCAGGCCGAAAUUCCAGAGAAUUUAAUUUGUUAGCACUGUAUUUUACCCUGUAACGUUCUACGACACCCUAAAACCUGUACAUGGGGGGUACUGUUUUACUCGGGAGACUUCGCUGAACACAAAUAUUAGUGAUUCAAAACAGUAAAACAUAUCACAGCGAUGAUAUUGUCAGUGAAAUUUACUUUUUUUGCAUUUUUCACACACAAACAGCACUUUUACUGAUGAUAUAAUUGUUGUGAUAAGUUUUCCAGUUUUUAAACACUAAUAUUUGUGUUCAGCGAUGUCUCCCGAGUAAAACAGUACCCCCCCAUGUACAGGUUUUAUAGCAUUUUUGAAAGUUACAAGGUCAAAUAUAUGGGUCAAAUAUUUUUACAUUGAAAAUGGCUAGGUUGGUUACGUUGCCUUUGAGAGCGUAUGGUAGCCCAGGAAUGAGAAUUACCCCCAUGAUGGCAUACCAUUUGCAAAAGAAGACAACCCAAGGUAUUGCAAAUGGGGUAUGUCCAGUCUUUUUUAGUAACCACUUGGUCACAAACACUGGCCAAAAUUAGCGUUCAAUUUAGUUUUUUUUUUACAUUUUUCACACACAAACAAAAAAGACUGGACAUACCCCAUAUUGAAUACCCUGGGUUGUCUACUUUAAAAAAAAAUAUGUACAUGUGGGGUGUUAUUCAGAGAUUUAUGACAGAUAAUAGUGUUACAAUGUCGCUAUUGAUAAAUUUUAAAAAUGUAUGUUUUGAAACCGCAAUAUCCUACUUGUACCUAUAGCCCUAUAACAUGCAAAAAAGCACGUAAACACUGUGUAUUUUUAAACUCAGGACAAAAUUUUUAAUCUAUUUAGCAGUUUUUUUCAUUCGCUUUUGUAGAUGAGUAAAAGAUUUUUCAAGUAAAAGUCAAAAAACAUGUAUUUUUUUCAAUUUUUCAUCAUUUUUUUUUUAUUUUUUUUAAAUUAAAAUACAUGAGAUUAUAUAAAUAAUGGUAUGUAAAGAAAGCCCCUUUUGUCCUGAAAAAAACAAUAUAUAAUUUGUAUGGGAACAGUAAAUAUGAGAGCGGAAAAUUACAGCGAAACACAAACGCCACAAAAGUGUAAAAAUAUGCCUGGUCGCAAAUGUACAACAUCGCAAAAACAGUCCAGUCCUUAAGGGGUUAAUAUCACUCGCUUGUUUUUCUUUAGCCAUCUUUAUUUAUUCCCCUAAACAUUUCUGGGAGUUUAAAAAAAAAAAAAUUGUGUGUGUAUAUAUAUGUAUGUAUGUAUGUGUGUGUAUAUAUAUAUAUAUAUAUAUAUAUAUAUAUAUAUAUUUUUGUGUGUUGACUAAAAUGUUUGUGCAAAUAUAUGGAAACAUGGCAACUACAUUGUUAAUCUUUACUCUUGCCCUACAGCUCUCACAAUGUAAACCUACUGUUGCUGUUGUUCGAGGCAUAAUAAACACUUUUUUUGGUUUACUGUUGCGUGGGAACUACCUACUGAGGAAUCUAUAAGCCCAUCUAAAUAUUGGAGGCCUAUGUUUUGUAAUCUCCCAGAAGAAUGAACCCCAAGAAGACACAUCCUCUACAGCAUCAGAUAAUGGUUGGCCUCUGGCUCCCCUUUUGUUUCGGAGCAGUUUUUUGGUACCAUAGUACUGCAUGGAACACUACAACAUGGACUUGUUUAAAGGGACACUAUAGUCACCAGGACAACUACAACUUAAUGUACUUGUUCUGGUGAGUAUAAUCAUUCCCUGCAGGCAUUUUCAUACAAAAAUGUUCUUUCUCUGAAAAGGCAGUGUUUACAUUGCCCCUAGGGGCACCUACAAGUGGCCAUUGGAGGUGCUUCCUAGCUCAGUGCUACAUAGUAGGCAGCACCACCGUUAAGCGUUUCCACGCUCUGCAUGGGGACGUUGAAUUUUUGUCAUAGAGAUGCAUUGAAUCAAUACAUCUCUAUGAGGAUGUUCUGAUUGGCCAAACAGUAUUUGGCUCCGCCCCUUGCCGAUUUCAGCCUAUCCAGUGAUUUCCCCAUGCAAAAGCAUUGGCUAAAAAUUCUCAUGUCACCAAGGUGGUGGGAAAUAAGAUGUUCUAAUUCCUUUUGAAGGAGGGGAGGGGGGUGGCGCAAGCCACCUAAAUGGUGGGUUUUGCACUAUUGGGUCAGUGUUUCUUUAAAUGAAAGACCUGUUUGGACCCUCCUAAAUGGGGGGCACUUGUAAGAGAUGUGAUUAACAUGUUGAAGAUAUACACCCCUACUUUAGUACACUGAAAGAUCUAAAUUGGGAUGCUGGUAGUAUAGCUUAUUUUUAUUUUAUUUUUUUUAUCUGCUUGCCAGUUUAAUGUCAUCAUUAAACUAAUGAAUAAUCCUACAGGAUAUUUUAACAAAGGAAAAGGUCAAAUAAUGCAACAUUAGUAAUAAUGGUCUUUGAUUUCAUAUGUAAAAAGCUAGCUGUGCUCUGUCUGAGCAUUAACCAUCCAUUAAAGAAUAUGCAGAGAUUGCUUGUUGAAAUCUCAGCACCAAAAUAUUCUAAAGAACACAAUGUAUCCUUUUAACACUUUUUUUUUUUUUUUUUUUUUUUUUUUUUUAAGGUAUAUAUUUUUUUUUUUUUAUAAAUAACUUCAUUUAGUCUCAGCAGGCUCCUUUUUGUUUGGGCUUUCUUUACGCUAAAUGUAUAGGUUUAAAACUAGAUGCCUAUUACCUGGUAAUCUAAUGUGGAGACUACAUUUUGUCAAUACAUAUAUUUCUCAUUAAAUUAGAGCACUUCUCUAUAAGGCAUGCACACUUUUCAUUGUCUUUAACAAGUAAUUUUUUUUCUUGUGUGCUGUAAUAUGGAAAUUUGGAAAAAUUCCUCCAUUUUUAUCUGUACUGCUGGACUACUUUAGCCUGAAUUUUGCAUUUACUUUUUUUUUUUUUCACUAGCAUUUACUAUUUAGUGAUUAAUCACUUUAGAAUGUAAUUACUGUCAAUUUAUGGCCCUUUGAUAAAACAACUAGGAUUUUUACCAAAUUACAAUCUGACUUUUUCGCUUCAUGGAUCGUUUGUUUUUGUGUCGGUUGUGCCUGUGGACCUUUUUACAUUGGCAUCCAUUUACCCAAGUUGAAAAGUGCAUUUCAGAGACUGCAUUGAUGUGAUCGCCUUCAACUUGAUAUAAUCUGUAAAAUGUUUGACAAAAAAGGCAAGAAAUGAGCUAGAUAAUGGCAAACACUCCUAAAGGGGAUAACCCUAAUAGUUGAAACAAGCAAAAGAGCAAGUGAGAAUAGAGUGUGCUAAAUACGAGAUGUAUGACUAUAUUUUAAAACUUGACUUUUAUUAGACUUGAAAAUAUAAUAACAUUACCUAAAAUACUAUUGUUAGUAAUUUUCUCAGGAUGAGAGAAAGAAAAGGAUCGUGAAAAGGAUUGCAAGGGAUGUCUAAAUCGUAAUACAUUUUACUGUUUUGAAACACUAAUAUUUGUGUUCAGUGAAGUCUCCUGAGUAAAACAGUAACUCCCCCUCCAUGUACAGGGUUUAUGGUGUCUUGGAAAAUUACAUUAAAUUCUCUUGACUUUCUUCCUGGGUUAUCAGGCAGAUCCCGCAAAUUGUAAUUAAUAAAAUUACUUAAUUAUGUAAAAUAUUACAUAAAUAUAUGUAGAAUUAAAGUGUGUGUGUGUGUAAUAUAUAUAUAUACACAUAUAUAAAUACAUACACACACCCCUACAAUUUUGCUUUUCAUUUAAUCUCUUAAGGACGGCGGGCGUGCUAUGCCAUCCUUCCCACUUACCUGAGGAUUAUACAUGCAUAGAUAUCAAAAUACACUUAUAACGAAAUAUAUAUGUAUAUAUCAUAGGCCUUUCCUGGUUAAAAAUACUUUAUUUAAAAUUUAUAUAUAUAUAUAUAUAUAUAUAUAUAUAUAUAUAAUUUUUUUUUUUUUAAAUAAAGUAUUUUUAACCAGGAAAGGCCUAUGAUAUAUACAUAUAUAUUUCGUUAUAAGUGUAUUUUGAUAUCUAUGCAUGUAUAAUCCUCAGGUAAGUGGGAAGGAUGGCAUAGCACGCCCGCCGUCCUUAAGAGAUUAAAUGAAAAUCUGUGGGGAAAGUAUUAAGCUAGUUGGCACUGGUAUAUGAUAUAAUUGGCAUGCAUCAGAGAGCUCAAACUCAGAAGAUGGUGUCCUCUGCAUUUCAGUACUGUAAAUGCAAUCGCUAUUUUAAUUCUAAAUCGUUCAUUUUCCCUACUUUUAUCCAAGUAAUUAAGAGGAAACCAUCUAGUUGCCACUAUGAAGAAUUGUUAGUGAUAUAACCACAUGAAUAUUUAUACACAAUAGUGUAAUUACAUGAUUAGCCUCAAAAUGUCUGGAUGUAACAAUAAAACCUACUUAGAUGCACAUGGCUUUUGCAUGGAUUCACAUGAUUUCCUACCACAGAAACCUGUGAGCUGGGUACCUCCAAACCAGAUUUUAAAGCUGAUAGUAGAGGUGUUGGUUUUUAAUGUCCUAAAUGUUAACAUUCAGCAAAUUUAGCAAAGUAAAAUACACUUAUAACGAAAUAUAUAUGUAUAUAUCAUAGGCCUUUCCUGGUUAAAAAUACUUUAUUUAAAAAAAAAAUUAUAUAUAUAUAUAUAUAUAUAUAUAUAUAUAUAUAUAUAUAUAUAUAUAUAUAUAUAUAUAAAUUUUUUUUUUAAAUAAAGUAUUUUUAACCAGGAAAGGCCUAUGAUAUAUACAUAUAUAUUUCGUUAUAAGUGUAUUUUGAUAUCUAUGCAUGUAUAAUCCUCAGGUAAGUGGGAAGGAUGGCAUAGCACGCCCGCCGUCCUUAAGAGAUUAAAUGAAAAGCAAAAUUGUAGGGGUGUGUGUAUGUAUUUAUAUAUGUGUAUACACAGCACAUAAUAUAUAUAAUUUUUUUUGUUUUCUUUUUGCUGCGAUCACUACAAAAUUAAAGGUGAAAAUUAAUACCAUUAAGUCUCCUGUCUAAAAGUGAACUUGGCAUCACCAUUUAAUGACACUGCUGAACUUUAGCUAUACAAAGGCUGAAAAGAGACUUGUCCAUCAAGUUCAGCAUUUCUCACAUUGAAGGCAAAAAAAAGUUUAAAGCACUUCCAAUUUUGCAACAAACUAGGAGCAUGCAACUUAUACUAUAAAGUUUAGGAACAAGCAACUUGACCCCAAUAUAGCAGUCAGAUUUAUCCUUGGAUCAAGAAGCUAUUAAACAUCUUUACAACUCUAAUAAAACUACUUCAGGCAGAGAUUUCCACAUCCUUAUUCUUACUGUAAAAAAAAAAACCUUUCCUUUGCCUUAUACCAAAUCUUCUUACUUCCAGUCUAAAUGGGUGAUCUCAUCAUAUGUUUAGUGCUAUUUAUGAAUAGAUUUCAAGACAGUGGUUUGUAUGGGCCCCAGAUUUGUGUAUGUUAUCUUCUACUCUGAGGCGCUGUUUUUCUAAGCUAAAGAGGUUUAAAUGUGUUGACCAUUUUAGCUAUUAAAACCGGUUAAUACCUUUUUAUUAAUUUAGUAGCCCACAUCUGCACUUUUUCUAGUGCCAUUUCUAUAGAACAGAUGCCCAAAACUGCACAGCUUAUUCAGGAUGUGGUUUUACUAGGGAUUUAUAAAGUGGCAAAAUUAUAUUCUCAUCCUGAGAAUGAAUGCCUUUUGUUGUGUGUGUGUGUGUGUGUGUGUGUGUGUGUGUGUGUGUGUGUGUGUGUGUAUGUAUAUAUGUGUAUAUAUAUAUAUGUAUGUAUGUAUGUAUGUAUGUGUAUAUGACCAUUGUUUAUUUGCCUCAGCCACUGCUGAUUGACAUGCACAUUGUUGCCUAGUUGUCUAUCACAAUUACCAAAUUUUUCUUGGAUAUUGUUAUCCCUAAUUUACUACUGUUUAAGCCCUGAACAUUAGGGCAUACGUUGCUUGUUUAUUUUGUACCCCGCAGUGCAUAACUUUGCAUUUUUCUACAUUAAAUUUCAUAUGCCAUUUGAGUGCCCAGCACACCAAUCUUUCUAAAUCCCUCUGCAGCAAAGUAAUAUCUUGCUCACAUUUGUGUUACUUUAGAGUUUUGUGUCAUCCACAAACGGGUUUCCUGUGGGGAAAGUACUAAGCUAGUUGGCACUGGUAUAUGAUAUAAUUGGCAUGCAUCAGAGAGCUCAAACUCAGAAGAUGGUGUCCUCUGCAUUUCAGUACUGUAAAUGCAAUCGCUAUUUUAAUUCUAAAUCGUUCAUUUUCCCUACUUUUAUCCAAGUAAUUAAGAGGAAACCAUCUAGUUGCCACUAUGAAGAAUUGUUAGUGAUAUAACCACAUGAAUAUUUAUACACAAUAGUGUAAUUACAUGAUUAGCCUCAAAAUGUCUGGAUGUAACAAUAAAACCUACUUAGAUGCACAUGGCUUUUGCAUGGAUGCACAUGAUUUCCUACCACAGAAACCUGUGAGCUGGGUACCUCCAAACCAGAUUUUAAAGCUGAUAGUAGAGGUGUUGGUUUUUAAUGUCCUAAAUGUUAACAUUCAGCAAAUUAAGUUUACUGUUCAAUUCAGUCCCCCAUGGGCUUAUAUAACCUUAUUAGAAGCUUUCCAGACUGUUCUGAAUGUAAAUGCCAGAUUCCUCCUGAAGGGAGAUAAAUUUCUAGUGAAUUUAAAUCUGCUCCCUGCCCAAUAUAAAUAAAUAAUUUAGUCCUUAAGAUGGCAGAAUACAGGUGGCAAGUACUGCAGGUGAAAUUUGGCACAGACGUGUUUUUUUUUUUUGUUUUUUUUUUUUAAUUUUUUUAUUCCUGGUGUGAAGAGGGCACUACAAGCUAAAUAUUUACAAUACUUCACUUUGAAAAUAUAGGCUGAAUAGAUAAUUUGUGACAAGUCAGUAAACCAUUCCUGCUCAGUCUGUUUAUAGAACUUGUACAGUUCUGAGGAAUGCACAAUUGCAUAUGCAUAGUAUCUCUGGUGACUGUGCAUUGCAGUGCAUUUUUCAUAAUUCUUUCUUUAUGGCAAAAAUCUGAGGUGGGCAAUCUAGAUCGGAAAGGAGACAGAUGUCCAUCCUAAUGAGGCGAGCUGUGCAUUCUUGAUCUGUGAUUUGAGCUGAGGUUUGGCUGCGAACUUCUUUGUGAGCAGUUUCCUGUGUGUAAACUUGACUGAGGCUGGCCUCCUUAGGUCAUAAACUCUUGCUAGACCUGGAGCCUACACCAGGAUUAGGAAACCUUCCUCACUCCAGAUGUUAACUAUAUCUCCUAUAAAGCUUACAGCCGUAAUGCUGGCAAAACUUCAGGAAAAAUGUAGUCUACAACACCUGCAUUGCUGAAGAUUGCCUUACCCUGCUCAAGAUCCAGAUCCUGCACACUGCUUGUAUAGUGUAAAUUGUCGUGGAUUAAGGAAAUAGUUGUGCCUAGGCACAUCAUAAUGCAUGGCCAAAUGGUCCUUCAUGUCCUCUGAUUAGGAAUCCAUGGGCAUUUUUAUGAAAGCUUGGGUUGGAUUUCUGUUUUUAAAGAAACUGUAUCUCUAUCAUUACUUUGAUUUCAUUAAAUACUAAUUUUGUAAAUUAAGUUUAGAUGCUCAUUUUUUAACUUUGUGCACACACUAAAAUAAUGUGCUGCUCACACCUAUGAUUAAUUAGAUUUACCUGACGCUCUUCUUCCUUUGCACUGCUUUUUCAUCUCCUGCAUUUCUCACCUGUCAGGAGCUGCGUCAGUCAGGUAAACUUGAGGGUGCGUGACUGUACAAAAUUGAGUUGUAUAGGAGAUCCCACAGAACUGCAACUCUUUUACCAGCAGAAUCAGACUCUCAGUCCUCUAUUGUGUAUAGUAUUGCCAAGCAACAGCUGAUUGAGAAUUGUAGAAUGCAACAUUUUGUCAAAAAUUAGGUCCGAAGUGAAACAAAGUAGUCAAUGCAAUGUCUCAAGUAGAAUUUGUGCUUCUUUAAAAAUCCAAAGAAGUAAACAAGAUUAUCUUUAUGAAAAUCAUUAACAUGAUAGUGAUUUAAGAUUUAAAAAAAAAAAAAAAAUGCAUUAUCUGAGGAUAAAUAUGUAUAAACCAUAUGCAAACUAUGCUUUACCUAUAAGAUGCCCAUAGUGAUUUGCAUAUGACAAAUCUGUUAAAGAAUUUCUUAUUCUUGACUCCCUUUUAAAAUUUGAUAUACAUUUUCAAUACCUUUCUGUUCAUUUUGGACUGUUGGCUCUCUAAUCUGAGCCAAGUCUCUUUUUAUUGUUUCUUUAAAUGAAAAAGGAGCCUACAUCUAAAGUAGUUUCCCUUCUUUCCUCAAUAGCUAUGAAGGUUUUACCCAAAAGCUUGUUAGUGUUUCUCCUUCAAUAAAAGUAUUGGAUGUGCAGAGACUAGAAACUGUUUAUUUGACCUUUUAAAGUGCACGUGUCAAUUAUGCAUGGUCUACUUUCACUUAAACUGCCAGCACUGUGUGCAAUUUCACUUUUAACCGAAUAGCCCACUUUUUUUCCCGUCAGAUAACAGGAUCACCUUUUGGUAGUUGUGCAUGCAAUUCAUUUGCAUUAUGGUGCAUUUGCAAUUCUUGUGUAGCACAUGCAUUAUGCAGAAGCAAACACAUUAUUGACCUGUAAGCUCACACUUUAAGAGGCAAAUGCUUUUUGUUUUUUUGUCUGAAACAUUUAAUUUUUAGCACACCGUUUAGAUAAUAUCUGACUGCACAUUUUUUAUUUAAAAGACCACUAUAGUCACCCAGACCACUCCAGCUCAAUGAAGUGGUCUGGGUGCCAGGUCCCUCAGGUUUUAACCCUUCACAUGUAAACAUAGCAGUUUUAAAGAAACUGCUAUGUUUACAUUGCAGGUCUAAUCCAGCCUCUAGUGGCUGUCUUCCUGACAACUGCUAGAGGCGCUUCCCCGACGCUCAAUGCAAAAAUCAAUUGAGCAUGCAGAAAGUCCAUAGGAAAGCAUAGGCCACGAAUGCGCAGGACCUCGGAGGGGGAGGAGAGUUCCCCAGCACAGAGGGAGCCCGGCGCUGGAUAAAGGUGAGUGGCUGAAGGGGUUCAAACCCCUUUCAGCCCUGCGGCUGGGGGUGACCUAAUGACCCUAUAGUGAUCCUUAAAAGCUCAGUUUAUCCUGGCAAGUCAUACUACAGUUUGUUUGUUUUUUUCCCUUCUAGUACAUUUUUAGUUUUUUUUUUUUUAUUAUUUAUUUUUUUUAAAAUACCAUCAGGCCUUAACUGUGGUAUAAGCUCUUAUGGAGUAUUAACACGGCAAAUCUGAGAACCGCUAAAUCAAAUGACGAUAGUUGAUUUUUCUAAUUCCAAUCAGAUUUUUACUGCAAAAUAACAAACAAAAGGUGUGUGUGUAUGUGUGUUUGUGUACUUUUAUUUAUUUUUCUUCAAUGUAUUUUUGUUAGAAUCUAUUUGCUUGUUUUUUUUUUUUGUUUUUUUUUUACAUGUUAUGUAAUGCUUUGGGAAGCUGAACUCUAGGUGUAUUACAACAUAACUCCCUCCCAAACUUUAUUUACUCCAGUGAUAAUUUCAGCUCAUUGGUUUAUUUCUAUCAAAGAGAAAAACUACCAGUUAGGGGUGACCGGAUUUGCUAACAAUCUGGUAUCUUACCUGCUUUUAGAUGUUAUGAAACAUGCUUGUGUGUGCUGGUGCAUCAUUCUUUGCAAGUCUCUGGCAAGUACACAUUAAUUUGACUUUCUUCUUGAUGAGGUAUGCACUUAUUUAUAUUUGAGUUAUUUUGUUAAAACUCUAAACUAAAAGCAUGAAAAGAAAGCAACAUUUAAUCAGAAGCAAUCUCUCUUCUAUUUUUGGCAACAAAAAAAACCUGGAAAAAUUGAUUUAUUAGGUUACAUGUGUGCAGUUUUUACCCUCAUACGCUCCUUCUGCUAGCCGGAUUAGUUUGAGAUGUAUCUCUGUUAAAGAACCAUGCGGCUCCACAAAGGCUAAAUAACAAACUAAUGUAAUUUCAUAUAAAGUAAUUUGAGGUCAAAUUUAACCACAACUAUUGUAUGAAGAUUUAAGCUAACCUAUUAAAAUCACUUCUAAUACCUAUGCACAUAGGAGGCAGAGUAAAGCUGUAUUUUAUAGGAAGGUUGGCUUGGAACCAAAAAGCACUUGUGCAUUCUGUUUAUAGUGAGCAGUUUUGUUUAUUAUCCCUUCAAAGGGAUACUCCAGGCACCCAGACCACUUCAGCCCAUUGGAUCCCACUACCCUUAAACCUGCAAGUGUAAUUAUUGCAGUUUACAUAAACUGCAAUAUUUACCUUGCAGAGUUAAGUCCUCCUCUAGUGGCUAACUAAUGUUUUCCUGGUACUGGAGAAUCCCUUUAAAUAAAUCUGGAACAAGGAAAGAGAAAAAAAAACCCUACUACACCAGUGCAACUUUUUUUUAAAUUUUAUUUAUAUUUUAAAUAUACCUUCUUUCACUGCCUGGGUAUUAUGUAAUGGAAUUUUUGUUUUAUAUAUUUUUUUGAAAUGGCAUUUUUACUAUCACUUAAGGUUCUAUCGUAUUGUGGAAAUUAUUGGCUUUAGUUUUGUAGGUUCACUUUUCAUUUUUUUGUUUUUUGUUUUGUGUUUUUUUUUUUUUACUAUAAGAGAAUAUUCUUCUUCUUAUGAAAAUUCAAUUUGAAGAACAGCUUUUACAUAUUUUAUACCAGACUGAGUGUAAUCCAUAUAUUCCAUUGAAGUCCACCAUCCAGUAAAAUUGGAUUUCAUGACUAUUGGGAUGAUUGUUAAACUCUCCUUAUAUCUUUACACUGUAAGACUGAGGUGCUAAAGAAACUUCCUCGGGGCACAUGAAGGGCAUGACAACAAAAGUAAUGGACUGUGGAUUGAAUCAAAGUGCCCAGCUGUGAAAACAAAGCAGGCUGUUAUUCCUUUAAAUGGCACUACUUAAAGUGAAAUUAUAUAUGUACAAUGAUACUUUUAAAACAAUACCUUAAGUGUGUGUCCUUCCUUUAUCAUGUGACUAAUAUUGUUGAAUUUUAUAGUCUGACAUGAGCAUCUGAAGAUGCUUAAUUUGUAGAAACACAGGUUACCAAAAAGUGUUUGUAUAUACACACACAUUGUGUAUGACAUAUUGUAUUUAUAUAGCUUUUCUACACUUUUUUAAAAGAGUGACAUUUAUUUUAAUUUGUGCCAUACCGAGUUAUACACUGAAGUCUGUAUUGAAUCCAGAAUGCUUGUUUGAAAGCUGGAGAAUUAUUACAGAACCCCUAUUUUUGCCUAAAUAACAGCAUUCAGAUUUAAUUCACUCACUUCAGAGCUUAGGGAGUAGACUUGUUUCAGGAGAUUUAAAACUUUUACAAGACCAUCAAAAUGACACCAACCAUUUCAUCGCUAUGAAGUCUGGGUGCAGUGGCCUUUUUCGGUUUAACCCUGCAAUCUAAUACAUGGCUGUUAGUAGAUAUGGCAAUUUUGUGAUUGAACGGUUAAUACACCUUCCUGACUAAAGGAACUUACUAUGUGAGAAUGUGUGUGAGCAGUAGCCUAGCAGGAUUGAUGUCUCAGCCAGGGAGGAAGAAAUGGCAGCACAGUCUGGGUCGGCGAGUAAUACAAUGUUAUUAAAGCAGCACUGUCAUGCCGAACUUACCUUUCCUCAAGCUCUUCCUCUUCUCCCCCUCUCUCAGGAUCUGUUCUUCUCUUCUUCUUGCCUUCUUUAGUUUUCUUUAAAAUCAUAAGACAUGGAGGAUUCCUCCGCUUGACCAGCUCUGACCAGCGGAGGAGCAAAGUGUGCUUCAUUUCCGCUGGUCAGAGCAAUUUCUCCACAAUUCUUACCUUUCCUCUGUGUUCCCGUGAUGCUUCCUGUUAUUUUACACGAAACUGCCGAAUUGCAUUCUAACGGAAUGAGAACAGUAUGUCCGUUUGUUUUAUAACGCAAUUCGGCACUUUAUUCGGAUCGCAAUUUCGUUCGAAUGAAUGAAACUCCGAUCCUAUUCUUGCUGUGGCUGCAUCUUGCAGCCGAUUAGUAGAUAACUCCAUAAUUCCCACGGUAUCAGGGAACUAUCUACUAAAAGGCUGAAUGACCUAAAUUGGUCUUUCAGCCAAAUUUGCUAAUACUAAGUAAAAAUUACUUCGUAUUAGUAAAUGAUCUGCCCCUACUCGCUAUACCGCGAGUAGGGGCAUGCUCACUGUAAAAAAAAAAAACCUAAAAAAAACUAUUGGCCACCACCUCUAAACGACGGAUGGGAGCCCUAAAGUAAAAUAAGGGGGGAGACCUAAUGUCCCCCCCCUGACUGGGUGGGGGUCAUAAUGAUAAUGGGGGGGGGACCUACUGUCCGCCCCUGGGCGGCGGGUGAGGGCCAUAAUGAAAAUGAGGGGGGGGAGGGGUACCUACUUCCAAAGAACUUUCCCAGCUGUGUAAAAUGACACAGAGCACUGUGAUUGGAUGGCUUUUAUUUUAUUUAUUUUUUAUUGGAAAUGGAGGGCCUCCUAAAUAGAACACUUGGGUUUUAGGAAUAUAUUCUUGUAUUUCUAACACUAAACUGUUCCUUUAAAUAUGCACAGAAUGUAGUAUAUGCAGUAUAGUUAAAAUACUCAUGCCCAUUUGGCUAAGGGUUUCUUUAGUGACUGAUGUGAAACUGACAGAUAUAAAUGCUUUAUUGCACAAAGUGCCUUUUAAUUACGAAGCCUACCCAGGGCCAGGCACAAGACAUGGUACUGCCUGGGUCCAAAGAGAAAAUGUGGCCCCACCCCACACCACCACGCUCACCAAAACAAAUCCACAUACAUUUUGUCAAAUCAUGAUGAUUAAAACCCAAAUUGAACUGUUCAGGAUCAUGAUUGAAUCUAUACAUUCCAGUAACAUAUUUAGAGCAAUGUACACUAAAUUGUGUGUGUAUAUAUGAAUAUAAAUAAACAUAGAAUGUGAUGCCAGAUGAGAACAGUUUGGCCCAUCUAGUCUGCUCAAUUUUCUAAAUACUUUCAUUAGUCCCUGGCCUUAUCUUAUAUCUAGGAUAGCUUUAUGCCUAUAGCUUUAUGCCUAUCCCACGCAUGCUUAAAAUCCCUAACUGUGUUAACAUCUACCACUUUAGCUGGAAGGCUACUCCAUGCAUCCACUACCCUCUUUGUAAAGUAAAAUAGGGAGUUCCACGAGAUCCUGAUUAUAUUGCCCAAACAAAGAUGAGAAGACCGCAAGCAAAAAAUCAAAUCCUGGAAUAAACUGGCCAGGUAGUUUGAUCACAGAAGGGUUCACAAAUGAGUCUUGGUAGUGUCUAUUGAAUGUCUAUUAUGGGGUUUGACGAUUAUAUAUUUAAAGGUGUUGUAUUGGUACCCCCUAGUAAUAGAAGGGUUUCACCGACAGAGACGUCCUUUUCCCAAUGGUGAGAGGUGAUAUAGCGGUUCCCCUACAUUAAGAGACAGAACUCCGUAUUAAGGGUGAAGAUAAACUGAGGUUUAAUGGAGGCACACUGCCUUUUAUGCAGGUUUCCCAACAAAGGUGACGCCCAGGUGGACCUUGUUGGGCACAGGGACACAGUGUACAAACUAAUGAAAACAAGGUGACAAAGAAUGACACUCCCACAUACAGUACACAAUCCCUCCCCUCUGCCUGUGAUAUAAUUAAGGCAGAUAAUGCCUUAACCUAAUUAUCCCCAGGCAGAAAACCCCCCACAUUUUUACAAAGUUUAAUAAGUACCCCAAAAUACAACAUAUUCCCCCUAUCCAGUCACAUGCCCUGAAAGCCAUUAUCUGGGGGAAAAGCAUACUUAAAAAUCACCCAGAUCGGUUUAUGGGUUUAAAAGUUAGUUGGAGGUCUUUUUUUUUUAUGACCGCACGCAUGGCUUCAUGCCCAAAACAGUUCCAGAGAAUUAGGCUGUGGGACCGGUCUAUUUCAAUAGUCAUAGUAAUGUUCCAGUAGUCGAAUGUAGCCGUUCGUGCCCAGUCAGUGUAUCUGGUUCGGGAGAUUAAAUCUACUGAACGGCGCUCCAUUCGUGUAAUUCCAGUUGAACCUUUGAUGUGCUGGACAUGAAGUGAGUGUCUGUGUGCUGGGAAUGCAACGUGUGUGCUGGCUUCCUAUGGGCUGCACACUGUGUGUGCGCUGCAGCCAAUCAUGACAUUUACCCUUGCUGCAUCUGCAGUGGUGUCUCUUCUGGCUGAAGAGGGCUGCUUGUGCCUCCCCUUGCACUGCGAGUCCUGGCUGCCAGCCGCCUCUGCUGCUCUGUAGGUUUUCUGAUACGUAGGGCAUUCUGACACUGUGGCCUGGUCCAACUUCCAUGGCUGAAAUCAUCCAUCUUGAUAAAUCUCAGCCAAUCCAAUGUUUUGCCACAGGAAAUCUUUGGGAGGCUAUUGUGCAUGUGCAGCGUUUUGCUAUGCUCCUCAGAGAUACAUUGAGUUAAUAGAUCUCUAUGGGGAAUGAACGUCAGUGCUGCUAAAUAUAGGAAUCACCUCUAGUGAGUUCCACUAGAGAUGUUAAACUAGAGUUGUUAAACAAUAUUACUUUCAUUUAUAGAAGUCAUAGUUGUACAUAUGCUAUUGCUUCUUAUGGUACUAGUUUAUUUGCAUGUUGUAUUCACUUUCGUAUUUGCAAACAGAAGGAUUAUUGAGUUUACAGAUUUCCAUAUUGCAGGUGUGCUAAUAGGAUGUGCUGGCAAAACUGUUAAUUGUGUAAACAAUGAAUAAAUCUAACUCACAAACUGCAGCAUAUACAAGUAUUCCCAUAUGGCAAUAAGGAUGUGUUUAGCUGCUUUGAUUUAUUGUUUGUUUUACCGUCACACGUGUGCCCUGUGUGGUUAAUUUUGUCUUAUUUUGACCAGUGAAAUGUACCGAAGUGCAUUACUAUAAUAUCUCUUUUGUUUAUUUAGUAAAGGAAGCUGUUAUAGAAAAUAAUGCCUCUCCAGUGUACGUUCAGCUCUCCUGCAGGCAACAUGGUAGCAGGCUGCAUAUGAAUUGUGUAUGUAGUGUUGAUGUUGCAUGUUAAUUGUUUUCUCCUGAAGGUUAGUGGAUCUGUAAUGUCAUGUUAAAGGAACACUAUAGAGACCAGAAUACAAACAUGUUAAAACCAUGUUUAGGUUCCCUGCUUCCUCGUUAGCAAAGUAAAAGGGGCAUUUACUCACCUUUUUCCAUUGGUGCGAGUCUUAUUGUGGUUGCAGCCGCCCCUGCUCCACCUUCUUAUUCGAGAUCAUCAAACUUGACAAACUCAGCCACUUCAAUGCUUUCCAAUAAGUGACUGGUGACAUAGGUUUAACGGUGACUAUUGUGUCCCUUUUAAAAAUAGUUCUAGAAGACAUGAUCACCUGUUCCUUGGAAAUCCUAGGAUAACUUAUUUUGUUCAUAGAAUUGCCAUUUGAAAAUAGAUUUUUGAGAGAACUACAAAGAUUUAAACAUGCAAAAUAUUCUUCAUAUUUACAACGUAUUAAAGGACCACUAUAGGCACCCAGACCACUUCAGCUUAAUGAGGUGAUCUGGGUGCCAGGUCCACCUAGGAUUAACACUUUCUGCUGUAAACAUAGUUUCAUAGAAACUGCUAUGUUUACUUUAGGGUUAAUGCAGCCUCUAGUGGCUGUCUCAAUGACAGCCGCUAGAGGCGCUUCCGCGCUUCUUACUGUGAUUUUCAGUGAGAAGACGCCAGCUCUUGCCGCGCAUGCGCAUUCAGCCAAUGACUGAGAAAGGAGGAUAGUCUCCAACACAGAGGAAGCCCGGCGCUGGAGAAAGGUAAGUGUUUAACCCCUAUCUCUCCAUCCAGCCCGGUGGGAGUGGGACCCUGAGAGUGGGGGCACCCUCAGGGCACUAUAGUGCCAGGAAAAAGUGUUUUCCUGGCACUAUAGUUGUCCUUUAAUGAGGUCAAAAUAUAUCAAAUUGCAGUUUUUGUGUGGGCAGAUCUUAAAUAAGCACUAUAUAGUGUUAGGAAUACAAAACAGUAUUUUUAACACUGUAGUAACCCUCUGCCCCCUCCCAAUCAUGAAAGGGUCAAAAACACUUUCUUUCACUUACCUAAAUAUAGUUCUCGGUCCCUUCCCCUGUGCAGUCACGGCAAUAGGGGAAACUAAUCCGUGGCUAGUAACACGCGCCUUUAGGCCUUCACCUUAGGAAAGCAUUGAAUCAGUGUUUCUCUAUGGGAAUUUUCAAUCCACUGAAUGUCCUCAUUAAAAAAUGUGAGGCCGUCCAGCGUCAUUUCACGGAUUUAAACUCUGAAUCGAGAAAGCGCCUCUAACAGUGUCUUAACCCUGCAAUAUCAACAGUGUAGUUUCUGCAGGGUUAAUGGGAUAAUGGGAUGAACUGGUCUGGUUGCCUAUAGUGUCCUUUUAAGCUUUUUUAUUUUUUUUAAUUUACCAAUUUCACAAGUACAUUAUCUGGUGAAUAUUGUCACUUUAAACUUAAAGGGACACCGUAGGCACUGUAUCAUUUCAUUAAACUGGUUAUAGUGUAUGGAGUCCCCUGGUGCCAUCAUUUCUUUCAGCAUUAAACCGUUUUUAUAUUGUAAUGUUUUAAUGCUAGAUAAGAGACCAUGGCAGUCCAUCCACUUUGUGCUGCUUUGGCUAAUAAGGAAGUAUUACCCUGAGCAGCAAUGGGCAGCUGUGAUUGGCUGAAAGUGUCAGCUGACUGCUUUUAACCUGUCAGAGCUCCAACUGAUGGUAUGAAUGGGUAUGAUAACAAGGAAGUGUGUAAUCUCUGCCUUAGCUACACAUACAGACGCGGUCGGACUGUGGGUGGCCAGGGACUCUUAUUUUGUGGCAUACUGCACAAACAUGGUGCAACACUGAAUGGAGGGACAGUGCCAGGCACUAUAACCAAUUCAAAGAGACAAAGUGGUUAUUGUGACUACAGUGUCCCUUUAAAUAGCUACUUGGGUUCAGAAUCUGCCAGUGUGAGUCUGUACCAAAUUUGCCUGGACUUUGCUGAGGUAUAGGACUUUACCAACGGACCUUGCCAGAAUCCACAAUGAACUGUUAACAUGGAAGUUGAGGGGACAGAAUAUAAUGUAAAUUCAGGAUAAAUGCUCAAGGUAAUAUGCUUGGUGCAUACUGUACAGUUUGAUUGUGGUUAUAUUUACACCAUUCUUCCAAUUUCUACAUCCUGCUAUUGCCAGCAGACCCUUAAACUGACUGAGCACGGUAGUGUUGCUUCUUCAGGAUUAACUCUCUCGUUUACAUAGAAGGAACGUUUGCUCCUGGGAAUACUGGUUUAUUGACCUUGAAGUGUUGGUGAGCCAGCUGUACAGCGUUAUUUCUAAGACAACUCGAGGGCAUGAAUCAAUUUUGUAAAUUGAUAAAUAUGAAAUAUCAGGGGUUGUCUGAGACCAUUCCAUACCAUUCUCUGAAUCGAUAGUGUGAAAUGGGCAGAUAUAUAAAUGUCUAGUGGUAUAAAUAUUCAUUUGUUCCAGCUGUUACCCCUUACUGACUCUUUUGAGCCCCCCAAUGCUCCUCUACCUGUAAUUUCCAAUUUACAGAGUGUGUUGCAUGACAUGAGUUGCCUGUUUGAUUAAAAUGCAUUUUUCAUGAGCUUGAAAGCUUUUUGAUGUUUACACCUAUUAAUGUUUGUGUAAAGUAACUAUUUACAGAUGAAUGGAUUUCUCUCUCUGCUUUUUAUGUUUGAUCAAUGAGGACAGAAUCAAAAUUGAUCUUGACAAAGUACCUUUUGUAAUGAAGCAGCUGAGGGGCCUGGACAGAGCUGGCCACGUUUGUAAGCAUUAAAGGAAGAAUUAACCAGGUGCUUUCAAUGCCUCUCUUGUUGGCAGAGUGUGCAAAAUAAAAUACUGUUGCACAGCCAAGCAGCUCGUGACAAAGUGCCUAUUGUAAGAUGGGAAAUAUUAGAAACAUAGUAUUAUUUGGUCAGCACAACUCUGUAUCUGAUCACUAUACGCAGCACUUCAAUGGUUACAUUUUCUACAGAAAGAAUGGUUGGUUUUCUUAAAGGAACACUAUAGUCACCUAAAUUACUUUAGCUAAAUAAAGCAGUUUUAGUGUAUAGAUCAUUCCCCUGCAAUUUCAUUGCUCAAUUCAAUAUCAUUUAGGAGUUAAAUCACUUUGUUUCUGUUUAUGCAGCCCUAGCCACACCUCCCCUGGCUAUGAUUGACAGAGCCUGCAUGGGAAAAAACUUUCAAACAGAUGUAAUUUACCUUUAAUUGUAUCUCAAUCUCUAAAUUGAACUUUAAUCACAUACAUGAGGCUCUUGCAGGGUCUAUCUAGCAAGCUAUUAACAUAGCAGGGGAUACGAAAAUCUUAAUUAAACAGAACUUGCAAUAAGGAAAGCCUUAAUAGGGCUCUCUUUACAGGAAGUGUUUAUGGAAGGCUGUGCAAGUCACAUGCAGGGAGGUGUGACUAGGGUUUAUAAACAAAGGGAUUUAACUCCUAAAUGGCAGAGGAUUGAGCAGUGAUGCUGCAGGGGCAUGUUCUAAACACCAAAACUGCUUCAUUAAGCUAAAGUUGUUCAGGUGACUAUAGUGUCCCUUUAAUGUACAUACUUUGUUUUUGCACAUAAUUUGAGUGCAGUGCUAGAAAAAAGUACCUUCUUGAAAAUGAAGUUAUCAUUUAAUUUUCAUGGCAUUUAACUGUUUUGGGUGAAUUAAGCCAUUCUAUCAUUAAAGUACUGUAAGCUCAAAUCUUUGCAUUUUAUUGAUCUUAUGUGUCUGGAGAGUAAGGGAGGGGUUAAUGUCCUAUUAUCUGAUCUUCAUCACACUAGAAUUUAGUCUUUUCCAUGAGACUGUCCCCCCCCAACCUGUCUUUUUUUCUUCUCACCCUCUGUCAAAGCCUUCUGUGGUUUUGUUCUCACUGAAAAUUGGUAAACUAAUCUUGAGAAUGACGUAAAUCCUAUCUAGUGUUUGUUAUUGGUUAGGAAUGGGAUAAGCACUCUUUAUGUCUAUCCAGAUAUGUUCUCAAGAGAGGCAAAAUCUUGAGCUGCAUUAAAAUCUACACACUUUUAAUUAACAUGGACUAUGCCACAGGUCUAUAAUCUUCAUUUAUUGGUUUGGAUUUGCUACGCUCUGGAGUAGUCUUCUUGAACAAAAUCUGCUGUUAUCCUUGUUUCUGACCUAAUUAGCUACCCAGUGGCCGGUGAGUAUAAUUAAAAUGUUUAUUCAGUCUAAAAUCCCAAUAUUCUCCUAUCGUGGCUUUUACGGAAAUUAAUGAGGAUUAUAAAGACUUAAUCAACAGUCAGGCUAAGAAGUGCAUUCUGCUAAGCGGCAUGCAUUUAACUUGUGGUAAAGGUAAAAUCCUCUAAGAUAUCUCCAUAGCUGGCAUUUUAAUGUCUAUUUUAUACUUUCAGCUUUAUUAACUAAUUUAGGAUUCAUAGUAAGAGUGUUCACUAAAUAUGGUUGUUAUUAAAGGAAUAGUUUUGAGCACGUACGUCUGCGCUUCUUACAUGGGGGCAGGGGGGUGGGAAGGUUCUUUGAUUCAAAAAAUCUGCUGAUCAGUGCUGAAUUUCUAUGUAGUUCUUCUAAAAAAAAAAAAAAAUCUGAUUUCUUUGAACUUUGAUUGUAGCUGUUUUACUUUAGAAUUAAGGAGGCAUUGAAACUACUGAAGGAUUCCUCAUGGAAAGAUGUGAUCAAGAUAAGUAUACUAAACUCUUUUACGGCAUGUUUAUAAAGCUUCUUUGGAGCCAUGGAAUCAGUAAAAUUAUCUGAAAUCCAGGCAAGUGCUGUAAUUAAAUAUUAAUACUGUUUCUUGAGCUAAGAACUUGAAAGGAUUUGGGUUGCAAACCUCUUUUCUCAAAUGUUCUUGAUGGCUGUACCUCAGAAGUUCAAAAUGUACAGUUGUACAGUCGGCAUUUCAUAUUUUUAGUGGAUAGUUUUGCAUCAUUAAAAACAAUAGACUUGUUUUUCUUAAAGGAACACAAACAUGUUUGUUGGAUUCUUUUUAUUUUGCACAGACUAGGCGGCUGUCCUUUACAUUUUUCUCUUUUCUUUUUGCCUGAAAUACUGCUUAUCCUGUCAAAGCAUAUGAUUUGUCGUAUCCCAAACAUCUACAAAUGUCUAAGGCAACCCCCUAGUCUUGGCCUCAUAAUAUACCUUUGUAAAAAAAAUUGCCCCCUUUUUAGGUAGGUAUAUCGUGGGGGCGGUGUCACGGUAUACCCAUGAGUAGUUUUUACUACCGCAUAGGUUGUCCCUUCUCAGUGUGAAUAGCUUCAGAGUGAUUAUGCUUUCUCUUCAGAUGUACUGCUGUCUCUCCCAAAUACUAGCUGAGACUUAGUGAAUGGUGACGUAGAACUGUUUUUACUUACUUAAACCCAGAGCAUGGGGUCUCCAUUCAUUGUAACAUAAGCCCGCCCAGGCGCCUCUGUGUCUGGGAGAUAUUUGAGUUAGCCCUUGUUAAAUUAUCUCCUGGAUGCCAAGAGCACAAUACAGAAAACACCCCAAAACAAACAUAAUAUGGCUGAGCACCUCUAGGUGUCAUAUCUCCCAGGGAAGUUCUCUUAAGAGCUCCCAUUCUGUCCAAAAAGGCCACGGAUCAGAUGAGACUAGCUCGAGUUGGAUGGAAGUACAAAAGUUCAGCAGGAUGCGGCUAGUCUCGGAUACGUAACAGAGUUCCAGAGUGCUGGGUAGUUUUCCCUGGCCAUCUAAAAAAACAGUGCUUACUGUGGGUACAUGGGGCUUCCCCAAGUCCUUGGUGUUAUUCGAUGCCUCUCCACCUCCCCUGUUAACCAUUCCAAAGAGCGCCCUCAUUGAUGGUCUUUGGAAGUUUUAGCGGAUCGUGGGGUAGAUUUCAGGACGGUUUUGGGUCCCCGUCUAGCGCACCAUGUCUCAGUGGCCCCCUGGUGAAUGAAAGGUGGCCCUGUGCUGCAAGAAAGAGGCUUGGAGACAUGGGUGGAGAGUCAGUCCGUAGUGUUCAUAGACUUUUGAGAGAUAUAUGCCAGUGAGAGAAGGUGGGGUUUCGGGAGUCAUGUACCUGGCUUAGGUGACCACAGGGUCUGUCACAGCUGGGAUUACCCCCAAUACUCUGAAAUGGUAGCAGACAUUCAGAUUGUGUAUUGUCUGCAAUGGGGCAUGGAUGCACUGAAGUUUUACUUGUAUGUUAGCAUUACAAAAUAUACACACACUGGCUAGAAUACAUGUAUUUUUGUUUAUAUUCCUUAAUAAAAAGAUUUUUCUUAUAAGGGGCAUGUAAGCUAUGUAAAGAGUUGCAGUGUGUUCACAUCUAAUAGAAAAUUAUGGAUUAAACAGAGUUAAAAUAAUGUUCCAAUUUUCCCUAUUCUGCAACUGUUAAUUUGCUGUGCCACUGUUUUAGAGGGCAACCAUUGAAGUGAUCGUGAUAGCACUGUUCUGUCUAAAUCACUUUAUCUUUUAUAGGGAUCUUCCACUAUAGGGUUCAUAUCGUUCAUGAUUUCCAUGGUGCCCCAGAUUUCUGACACCUAGUUUAACUACAAAGUAGCUAAAGCCUUGAUGUGUUUGGCAGGCAGAUAGAAUUGGUGCUUUAUCUCAAAAGGUGGACAGCAGCCAAAAACCACAUAUUCAAUUAGGCAUGACCUGGUUUAAAAAAAAAUAAAUGCAAGACUCUUAAUAGCAGUUCAUCAAAUUAAAAGUACCCUGGUAGAACUCUUACUAAGGUUAUUUUUUUAUUUUUUUUUUGCAUAUAAACCUUCGCACAAACAGUGAUGUAUUUUUUUUUUUUCUCUUUUCAGGAGGAGUAUAUGGUCUUUGUGCUUAGCAUGUGUAUUCUAUUCCGCUGAGCAGCUGUUGCUUGCAGCAUUAAAGGACCACUAUAGUGCCAGGAAAACAUACUCGUUUUCCUGGCACUAUAGUGCCCUGAGGGUGCCCCCACCCUCAGGGACGCCCGGCUCUGGAAAGGGGUAAUAACUUACCUUUUUCCAGCGCUGGGCGGGGAGCUCUCUGCCUCCGAUCCUCCUCCGUUCCUCCUCCUGGGCUGAAUGCGCACGCGCGGCAAGAGCUGCGCGCGCAUUCAGCCCGUCGCAUAGGAAAGCAUUUACAAUGCUUUCCUAUGGACGCUUGCGUGCUCUCACUGUGAAAAUCACAGUGAGAAGCACGCAAGCGCCUCUAGUGGCUGUCAAUGAGACAGCCACUAGAGGAUUAGGGGGAAGGCUUAACCCAUUCAUAAACAUAGCAGUGUCUCUGAAACUGCUAUGUUUAUUAAAAAAUGGGUUAACCCUAGAAGGACCUGGCACCCAGACCACUUCAUUAAGCUGAAGUGGUCUGGGUGCCUAGAGUGGUCCUUUAAACCAUGAUAACCAGCACAGAGUGGCAUAUAGUUAAUAGCUAAAUAGAGAUGUCCUGUUGACUAAUGCAAUCAAGAGCUGUCCUUGCUCAUGUAACCACACUGUAGACCAGUUAGUCAGGAUGUUGAAGCUAGCCAGAAGUUGGUGAAUGUUUGUAUGUAUUUUUUUUUUUUUUUAUUCAAAUCUAAUAAAUUGCCAAAGUAUAUGAAAGGACUUGUGAGUUUAGGACAGUUGUUAGACUGGUUUUUAAUUAACAAACAACAUGUAUUCCUAAUGCUUUAGUGUCCCUGUAGUGGUUUACUACCCACCUCUGAGUACAUGAAAUUUGACUUUUAUUUACCUUUCUUCCAUUGCAACAAUACUUUCCCUGCCUCUGUAGCCUCUUUGGCUGAAAUAAAGUCAAUCUUGAUGAUUUCAAUCAACCCAAUGCAUACCCAUAGGGAAGCAUUGGGAGGCUACUACACAAAAAUGUGUGAGCAGGCGUUUGAUUGAGAACGGAGUUUGACAGCCAAUAGAGGCUUGCUAACGCUGCAUUGUGAACAUUGCAAUUUCCACAAAACUGCAGUGUUUUACAUUGCAGUGUUAAAACUAGAGGGCCACCACACGCACCUCCUUUAAAAUGGCAUAUAUUAUUCAUUGCAUUCAGUGUUUGCUGUGCUAGUUAAGCUGUUGCCAUCUUUACUUAGUGCUUUCGGGUAGACCAAGCAUUGGCGCAGUUCAUGUGAUUACAGGAACUACAUAAUUGGAUCUCCAAAAUAGCAUGGCCUGAGAAAAUUCUGCAUAAAAGGAUAUGGUGCAAAGACAUGGUGAACACAGUGUGGUACCUGCUUGCCUUUGUGAAAAGGUUAAAUUUAGUUUACUUUUUAUUUUUUAAUUUCAUCAGCAAAUCGCUUGGUGAUGCUGUUAGAACACAGUUUGCCUUUGGAAGGCUGUGCUGUGUAUCCAAAAGAGACCGUACGAAUUGUAAUGUAGCAGAUCACUUCCACAAGAAAUGAGGAAGCUCUGCAUUGAUGACCACUGUAAUAUAGUAAAUGCAGAUAUUUCAAACACCUGAUUAUUAAACAUGUGAACUAUUGUAUCAAGAUGUGGUUGGCAACCUUCGGUACUCCAGAUGUAAUGUACUACAUCACCCUUAAUGCUUUUCAGACAUAAUUCUGGCAAAGCAUUGGGGAGAUUUAGUUCACAUCUGGAGUGCUGAAGGUUGCCUAGCCCUGGUGUAGUGAUAUAACUGCUGAAUAUUAAUACCCCCUUUAUUUACAUCUGUACUGGGUCAUGACUCCGCCUCCUCCAAAGUCACUAGACGAGGGGCGCUAAUGUGCAUGCGCGUGCAUUCGGCUUUUGCCAUAGUAAAGCAUUGCAUCAAUUUUUAUUCUAUGGGGAAAUAACUGACACUGGAUGUCUCCUGGAGAGCGUGAGAACAUGCAGCAUCUGUGACCGGACCAAAAGAAGAUCUUAGUGCUGAAAUGUAAAUGUUGCAGUUUCUCUAAAACUGCAAUGUUUUACAUUGUAGCACUAAAUGCAAUAGGGACACUGUACUCAGACCAUUUCAAUGAGCUGAAUUGGUCUGGGUGCCCAUAGUGUCCUUUUAAUAGGCUCUUUUGUUGUCACCAUCUUGCUAAUGGUUGCAUAUCAUGUUUUCUAGAUUGUGAUAGUGAAGUUUGUGUACUUGAAUGGCAUGUAUCUGACUACUUCAGUAUCAAAGGGAAGAGAUACAAGCAAUAAAUAUUGGUCAAAACGUCUGUUAGGAAACCGUUUUUAGCCUAAAGUUUAUUUACACAAUCAGUGUUGCUCAGCUUACUUGAUGAGACAGGACAAGGCAAAUCCAGAUCACAAUGGCAAUACAAAAAGGGGACCUGGUACCCCAAAUCUACCUCUUGUUAGGAGCAGUCAAAAAUAUCCUUCACAGACUUUUAUGUUUUAUUAUUCUCCUUUUCAUGCAGCUCAACACUGUUGAAACUGAGUAGUGAAAGGGGAUUUGCAGUCUGACACCUUGUCAGUGGUGCUAGUUGGAAAGCAGGUUGUCUGUGUAAUUUGAUAGAAUUCUUACCACACUGGCUUUUACUUCUGUGGACAAUCCCAAGUGCCAAGAGAAAACAUUACCUGUGUUCUCUAUUGAACAAUUGACCCAGUAAGCAGUGAGGAAAAUGGUCUCCUAAAUCAUGCAGGGACAGUCUCCUCCGAACCAUGCACUACACUAGAGAACUUCUAAUUUGCCAUCUCUCCCUCUUAAUGGGUAAUGAAGAGAAGUAGAAAAGGAAAUUUAUUACGAUGUGUGCUUUUUUUUUUUUUUCUCAUUUGAAUACGUGUGUUUUGUUGGACAAGUCUGAGAAUGUGUAUUUUGGUGAUGCUACUGAAAGUUUUACAAAAUUUAGGAAAACUUAGGAACCCCAACAAUGAUAUAUUAUAAAAAGGGGAUAUGUUCCAUUAUGAUUUGCUCUCCUUAACAUCUUCUGAAAAAUUGAUUGGGUCAAGCAAGUGAAAUUAUUUUGGCACUAUGAUUAAUUGAUUAUAGGUUCUAUCUUAACUAUUUGUUUGUGGGGGGGGUGGCUUUUGUAGGUACAAAAAAAAAAACUCUUGCCACCUGGCUCAAUCUAUAUAACAUGCUAUUUGUGAGAGAAUAGAGAACAAUACAAGAAAGUCUCGCUUACUGCGGUGAAUCAAGCCCUUUUUCAUUUUAUUAAUUAGGGUUCUUGUCAGUUUGGUAAUGCUAAAGAGGUUAAAUAAUGAACCCCAAUUAGAUUUUAAUUGCAGUCCAAUUUAAUUCACCUUCAUUUAGCUGUGUAGUGCAGUUUGUAGAGGUAAAUUACUAUCUGUAAAGUUACUGAUUAGCAAUAUAAAGGGUUGACCUAGGUUUAUUGUAAUGACUGAGUAGUUUGAGACUUCUUUUAUUUUAUUUUUUUGUAGCACAUUAAUACCUCUAUUGGCUGUCACCCGAGACGCUUCCAACGAUAUAGUAGAGUAAAACUCAAUUUCAAUCACAUGGUCUCAUAACUGGUGCAGAAUGCUUUCCUAUGGAGAACUUUUAUUUAACUUUUUUUUUUUUUUUUUCUACUCCGUAUAGAUGGGGUGCAGGGUCUGAAAAGUCUACCAGGGCAUUAUAAUAACACUUGUGAUGCACUUAUUUCCUGCAAGGUGUAUACAUUUUACAAAUUGUUUUCUUCAGUUUCAUAUCGAAUUUAAGAAUUAGUAUCUGCACUAGGUGUUGGGCUCCAUAAGGAUUGGGUGUGUGCAACCAUGCACCCACUAAUAUAUCUAAAUGGGGAUAAUCAUAGAGAGGACUGUUAGACACACACAGAUGCAGAUUUUACAAAGUCUUGUGAAUACGCAAUUUCAUCCAUUACGUCUUGCACUGUUGUUUUUGGCAUUUAUAUGGGGCCAACUUAUUCCACAGCACUUUAGAAUAUUAUAAAAAGGUAGUAAUUUAACUAUAAAGUAAGACAAUUACUAAAUGUUACAGGAGCAACAGGUUGAUGAGAACCCUGCUCAAAUGAGCUUACAGUCUAGAGGAGAGGGUUGAAAAACAAUAGGAAGGGCAACUGCAGCCAAACAAGGUGAUGUAGAAGAAUUGGAGGUGAGCAUGAAGUCUGACCCUUUUGUGUGGUUUGUGAGAUAGAAGUUACUCUGGCAGGUCAUAAGAGAUCGGUUUUGUGGGACUUCUUGGGUGAUUAAAAACCAGGGGAGAGUCUGAUGGGGGAAGUCCUGCAAGCACAAGCUAGCAAUACGGGAGUGAACAGGAGAUGCUCAGAACUGUUAGAACUGUUAGGGUUAUUAUGAUUUGUCAUUUACAUUUUCAGAGCCUUUUAGAACAACUUGUGUUUAUUCACAAAGUUGUUUAGGUAAAAUAAGCAGAUCCAGAAACAGUCUUUAAAUUAUCUAUAGCUAUAUCUUUGCUAUUAAUUUUUGACUAGAUGGUGCCAUUCAGAUUUCAAUAGUUUUUUUUAAAGUUUAUAAAGCAUAUUUGCUUUAGGUAAUAAUUUAGCAAGUUUUCUGCUACAGAAUAAUAAACGCAUAAUUUGAUUGGCUCCAAAGGUUAAAGGACCACUCUAGGCACCCAGACCACUUCAGCUUAAUGAAGUGGUCUGGGUGCCAGGUCCAGCUAGGGUUAACCCAUUUUUUCAUAAACAUAGCAGUUUCAGAGAAACUGCUAUGUUUAUGAAUGGGUUAAGCCUUCCCCCUAAUACUCUAGUGGCUGUCUCAUUGACAGCCACUAGAGGCGCUUGCGUGCUUCUCACUGUGAUUUUCACAGUGAGAGCACGCAAGCGUCCAUAGGAAAGCAUUGUAAAUGCUUUCCUAUGAGACCGGCUGAAUGCGGGCGCAGCUCUUGCCGCGCGUGCGCAUUCAGCCGGCGGGGCGUAACGGAGGAGGAGAGGAGGCAGAGAGCUCUCCGCCCAGCGCUGGAAAAAGGUAAGUUUAAACCCCUUUCCAGAGCCGGGCGGGAGGGGGACCCUGAGGGUGGGGGCACCCUCAGGGCACUAUAGUGCCAGGAAAACGAGUAUGUUUUCCUGGCACUAUAGUGGUCCUUUAAAGGGACACUAUAGUCACCUGAACAACUUUUAGCUUAAUGAAGCAGUUUUGGUGUAUAGAACAUGCCCCUGCAGCCUCGCUGCUCAAUCCUCUGCCAUUUAGGAGUUAAAUCCCUUUGUUUAUGAACCCUUGUCACACCUCCCUGCAUGUGACUUGUACAGCCUUCCAUAAACACUUCCUGUAAAGAGAGCCCUAUUUAGGCUUUCUUUAUUGCAAGUUCUGUUUAAGAUUUUCUUAUCCCCUGCUAACAGAAACAGUGAUUUAACUCCUAAAUGACAGUGAAUUGAGCAGUGAAAUUGCAGGGGAAUGAUCUAUACACUAAAACUGCUUUAUUUAGCUAAAGUAAUUUAGGUGACUAUAGUGUUCCUUUAACUGGCAGAACAGACAGCCAGAUGGGAUCCACAUUUUCUUUAAACACUUUAUUCAAUACUUCUCUACCCUUUCUCAAUACUAGUUUUCCUGGCACUAUAGGGUCUUUAGUUCGCCCCCACCCUCAGGGUCCCCCUCCUGGCGGAUUGAAGGGGGAGGAAGGGGUUAAAACACUUGGCUUUCUCCUGUCCCGAGCUCCCUCGGCGCUGGGGAACUAUCCUCCCUAUUCCGACGUCAUCCGCGGUAUGCGCAUGCACGGCAAGAGCUGCGUGCGCAUUCAAUAAGUCCAUAGGAAAGCAUUUCUCAAUGCUUUCCUAUGGAUGUCCGCGUCUUCUCACUGUAAUUUUCACAGUGAGAAGCGAGGAAGCGCCUCCUCUGUGAGGAGGUGCUGAUUGGCCAAAUGGUGUUUGGCCCCGCCCCUUACCAACUUUCAGCCCAUGGGAAAGCAUUGGAUUGGCUAAAAGUCGGCAAUUCUGAUGUCACCAAGAGGGCCAAUCUAGCACCAACUGACUCGCGGCGCUGGAAAUCAGAUGAGUUUUAAUUGCUUUUAAGGGGUGUGGGGGGCAAACCACCUAAAUGGUGGUUUAGCACUAUAGGGUCAGGAAUACAUAGGUAUGUUCCUGACCCUAUAGUGUUCCUUUAAGGUGCUAUAAGCCAUUUUAGAAUUGGCUCAGUCGAUCUCGUGUAUAAGUCGAGUGCAGUUUUGUGACCAACAAUUGUGAAAUAUGCGAUGCCUCGUGGAUAAGUAGAGGGUAAAACUUGGCGCUAUGAAAUGUUGUGAUUUUUAUAAUUAUAUACACACACUCAUACAAACACACAGUCUGCAUUAUAUACACACACACACUCUGUGUGUGUGUGAGAGAGAACUGGUGGGGGGAGGGCAUUUUUAUUUACAUUUUUUUAAAAAUUUUAAUAUUUAAAUUAUUUUUUAUUAUUUUACUUUUUUUUAGUCCCUUGCUUGUUGCCUGGCCAGGGAGGGGGGGCUAUCUUAAUCCCUGGUGGUCCAGUGGCAUGGGCUGUGCAGUGGGGGAGCUGGCAGGAAGCAUUUACUUACCUUUUUUCUGCAGCUCCCAGUGUAAGUCUGGCGGUCUGCUCGUUGCAACGCUCUGACAGCUGCGGGUCUCGUGAGAUUUACACAGGGAGCUGACAGGGGAGCUGCACAGAGCUGACAGGAGCUGCAGGAAAGGUAAGUAAACGCUUCCUGCCGGCUCCCCAACAGGACCGCCGGGCUUGUAAUGAGCCCGGCGGUCCUGGUCUGUAUUAUGGCAAUGUAAGUUGCCAUAAUACAGACAGUGACUCGAGUAUAAGUCUAGUGGGGGUUUUUUCAGCACAAAAAAUGUGCUGAAAAACUCGACUUAUACUAGAGUAUAUACAGGAGUUUUAAAACGGACUACUUACAAUGGUUAUGGUGCUGGAGUCUUUUAAUCACAAACACCAGCACAGCUUCAAAACUCCAAAUUAAUUGUUCAUAAGACUUUACUAAAUGGAUAGAAUGUGUAGUAUUUGGGUCCGUAGCAAGUGGUGUCUGGGUAUUUUGUUGCAUGUUUUGGUAUCUGAGGGAAAGAUAUUUAUUUUAACUGGUUUCUGUCAUAUUCUCACAAAGCUGCUGUGGAACCGCAAGCUAAUAAUUGCUCUGAGCACAUACGUAGGUUUGCUAAGAAAGCGCUAGAGCAAAGGUUAUGAAGGAAUUCCCUUAACAGGCCUGUUUCUCUUAGCCACGGUUAACAGUAUGAAUAAAGAAUGAUGUUCUGUGAAAAUUUCAAGAAAUUAAGCAAGUAAAGGACUUUUUAUUAAUAUAUUCUCCUUUGUGCCUCAUUUUGCAAAUAAACCAGACCUGUUUGCAUAUCAAAAUUUUUACAGUCCUGAUUUUGGGAUCUACUAUUGCCUCCAGUACUUUUUCCUCUGGUUUCCGCAUGAAUAGAAAAGAUUUUUUUUUUUUUUAAAUGCACAGAAAUUACUUUAGCUGAUUUUAUAAAAUGCUUUUAAUUAAAUGCAUCACUUCCAGUAUUAGAGAGAUCUUCCAUGGAAGAAGCUUGUCCAUAUGGUUGACCAAGCCUUACUCGCCUUUUGCUUCGGUUCACUUUACAAGCACAGUCUAAAAGCCACUUCAGCUUCAUAAAGUGGUGUGGGUGCACAUUACACUCUAGCAAUAUUACUUCUGCAUCCCUAACCAUACACCCAGGCUGUGACAUAUUCUCCCUUUGCAUUUCCGCAAAGGAUUGUCAUUUUUGUCCACAGUGGAAUGUUUACUUUAGGACUUGCAGGGAAGACUUGUUUACUUCUCUUAUUUUCCUCCUGGGAUGAGUUCACAGACCUGUUAAUUAUUUAUUACUAUUAUUACUGGCAUUUAUAAAGCACUAACAAAUUCUGCAGUGCUGUACAACUGGGAAAAGUCACACAAUAAGAACAGACCUAUACAACAGGUAGAGGACCCUGCCCGUGAGCUUACAAUCUAAAGGUUAAAAUUGGGAGAGGAGACCAGAGGUAGCAGAGGGAUUUGAAUGUGAUGGCAGAGAUAAUUAAUAGUAUACCUGCAGCAUCUGAUAACAUGUGAGAGUAAUAAGGAGGUGAUUGGCUGCGGUUCAAACAGCUGGAGGUGCAUGCUAUAUACAUAGAAGGAACCAGGGUGGGUGGGUGGAGCCGAGUAAAAUCAAAUGGCCUUCCUGUUGCUGGGAUGGAUGAGGGUUUGGGCCCUUUAAAACUGCAGUUAAUUGCAUGCGAAUACUGGGGCAGAAGGGGUAGAUUUGAAGAUAUUUUGACUAGCUCUUGAAGCUAUAAUGUGUCAUAAUCCUUAAUGAUUGUAGUACAGCUUUUCACAUGAGUUUGCCUUUUCUAUUCUGUGUCUAAAAGUAAUUAUUAGUUUCCUUUUGUAAGGUUUGCAUUAUACAUUUGUUUAUAAAAUUCCAACAAUAAAUGAAAAAAAUUAAUUUUAUAUAUAUAUAGAGAGAGAGAGAGAGAGAGAGAGAGACGGACGUAAUUAUGGUUUGUAUAUUCAAGUUUGUUGGCCAUUGAAUUAAUACUCUUUUAUAUAAAUUUCAGUUUGGAAAAAAGAAGCAAUUUAACUUUUCUAUACCUACCCUAAAACCAGGGUACCCAACCCAAACUGCAGAAAACUAUUCUAGAUUUUAAACUUGUGCUCAUCCUAUGCCCAUUUAGGUUGGUGUAACUAGUGAAUGUUCUAGUUGUAGAUUUACACACAAUAAUGCUCCAGAGAGGUUAUAUUAACAUAGAUGUGCAUAGCAGUAAUGACGCAAGUGUUUCUGUUGAUUCUGAAAUUUAGUAUUUUUUUCAUACUGGUUUCUGAAAUGCCAUGUUCACCAUCUGUUAUUACAACUCACACAGCAUGGAGGUUUUUAGAUAAAUGCCUGUAUUUCAGUGUAGUCAUAUGAAUAUAUAAGCUGUAGGAAUGCGAAGUGAAAUCCCUAAAAUACAACACAAAAAAAAUUGCGGGGUAUGAGAGGUAAGGAGCUUUCCAAUAAUCUGUUCUUAUUUUCUUCUUGCAGAGUUUCCCAUCAGAUGAAGGUUGGCCUUUUGCUAAGUAUCUAGGAGCUUGUGGCAGAAUGGUGGCUGUAAACUAUGUUGGAGAAGAACUGUGGAGUUUUUUCAAUGCUCCUUGGGAGAAGCGCGUGGACCUUGCAUGGCAGUUAAUGGAAAUUGCAGAACAGCUUACAAACAAUGACUUUGAAUUUGCACUUUACCUCUUGGAUGUCAGCUUUGAUAACUUUGCUGUUGGGCCCCGGGAUGGGAAAGUUAUUAUUGUAGACGCUGAGAACGUGUUGGUGACAGAUAAAAAGCUGAUAAAGCAAAGUAAGUUUAUUUAUUUUUUUUUAUUUUUUAUUUUUUUUUUUUUUACGUAAAAUGUUCUAAACUGCAUACCAUUUGGAAGAAAUCGUAUCAGUCAUCUUAAGGUGUCAGGGUUCUAGUUUUCUGUUGAACCCUGUAUGUGUGUGUUUGCAUAUGCAUGGAAUGGUGUGAAGGUGCUUUGUUUUACAUGAUUUUUCUUAAUAGAUUAUAUCUAGACAACAAUUACAGGCUUACAAAGAAAAUGCUUUUAAAUAAAAAUGAAGCACAGCAUUAAUAUUUAUCAUUUAGUAAAGUAGAUUGAUUUAAAGAAACACUGUAGUCCCCCAGACCACUUCUUCUCAAUUACGUGGUCUGGGUGCUGUGAUACUUAAGUUUUAAUCCUGCAAUGUAAACCAAUUUUUUUUUUUUUUUUUAUAUAUUUUUUGUUUUGCUUUUUAUUUUUAUCUAUAGUCUCCAAACAAGUGUUACUUUUGGGACUAAAUGUUCCCUUUAUCAAAACUCAUAAACUAAACCACUGAGAUUGCUUCAAGACUAAGAAAAUGUGUGGUAUCUUCACCGUAUAAUCCGCAAAGCUUUCAUUGUAGAUCCGAAAGCCUAAGCAGAUAUAUCGCUAAUGUCGGCUUGCUCCUAAAUAGUGGCCAUAUUAAUCUUGUCCUGCAAGUUCAGCAUCUGUUCCUUUUGUGAGGCAGAUGUGAUUGGUGACGAUGUGUGAAUUAAUCAUUUCAAUCAAAAUCCCAUAUGUGAAUGAUACACUAUCUUAUGUUCUUGGUUUUUGUUGGCACAACACUGUAAAGACUUGGGAAGGGGGCAAAUAAAAAUUCUACAAUAAGCUACCGUAUAGGAAACUGUUUAUAAAACUAGCAUUGCUGUAAACAAACUACUGAUACAUUUUUGAAAUACACAUUUGCUCCAGAUUUUCUAUUUUGCAUUGAAUUAUACAUUUGCAACUGUAAUUCUGUUUACAGAUGCACAUAGUAUAAAUUUCAAAUUGUAUGCAGUUAUGCCACAUGUGCAUACAACUGGGGAUUUAUCAAAGUCUCUUGUGCUAAUCAGUGGUGUAAAAAUGUGAGAAAGCAAGCGUCACAAUAGAAUGUGCCUACUGGUUCCAUUGUUUUCCAGUGGGAUUAAUAUUUUUCCGACAAUGCAAAGCCAGGACAUCUGAAGAUGAAAAAUAGAAACAUCAAAGUAUAAUUUCUCCUCUCUAUGCUUCUAUAUGCUGACUGCCAAGUGCAAAGAACAGCGCUUAUAACAAUGAUUGGCAGGAAGUUCAGAUGAAGGAUGCUGAAUUAAAUAUGUAAAGAAUAGGGGGGAAAUUAAAAUAUAGAAAUCCAUGUUUGUUAAAUAUAGCAAACCAUUUCGAGAGAAGUUCUUGUGACUUGCUUCUGUGGAGGUACCAGUGCUUGUUUCAACAGUACUUUAACUGGAUCUCUGUCCCUUAGCAUUGAAACGUUACAAACUUGGGCAUUUGUUGUUGCAUCCUGUUGUAUAUUGUUUGUUGGUAUUGCUGUUAUGUGCUUGUUAAACGGACACUAUAGACACCCAUCUCUUAUUAAAGUGGUCUAGAUGCAGUUUUCCAGUCCCUUUAACCCCGCAUUGUAAAACACUACAGUUUUAGAGAAACUGUGAUGUUUACAUUGCAAAGUUAAAACUACCUCGAGUGCCACAAUGCUUUACUAAGUGGACUCCUAAUGUGCAGAGGGACACUAUAGUUUUAGGAUAACAGAUUUUAACAUUUAUAUUAUACUCCAACAGCCAGUAGGGCAUCAUCUCAGCCCAGUAUUUAGCUAUGUUAUAUAAGAACUUUGAAAAAUUGUCAUUUUGUUCUGUUAUGCUUCCCUUUUAUAGUGUUUCUUUUUAUUGGCAUAGAGAAAGCAUACUAGAAGAGAAAUUAAACAAUGUUUGGAACGUGUGCCAUGGCUGCGAUUGUGGGGCCACUUGUUAAAUCUUUAAUAUACAUUUAAAAGGUAAUGGAGCAUAUGAUAAAAAGGUUAACACAAGUCACUUUUUUUUUUUUUUUAUAUGCUAUGAAGCGAUUUUCAGUUAUGUGGCAUUCUCCCUUACAACUUCAGUUUAAUCCGUGAUAGAGCUAAAAUGUAUAUGUUCCAAGACAUGAGAUUAAUACUGUGGAUGUUCUUUCAGGAAGAACAUCAUACAGGAAGUGUACAGAUUAGAAAGUAUAGGUAUUUUAGCGCUCCAAAGUCCAAACUGAUUGAAAAUAUAUACCAUGUAUUGGAGUACUCAUUGUGGCUACUAGAUUGUAAGCUUGUUUAUGAAGUGUCCUCAUCAACCUAUUCCUGUAACAUAUUCUAAUCGUCUUGUUUAUUGUUAAGUUUCCACAAUAUAUAAUAUUGUAAAGCAAUGUGGAAUAAGUAGGCGCUAUAUAAAUGAGAAUAAUUUUACUAGAAGCUCCUUUUCUUGUGGCCCUCUUGUUUUUGCCAGAAUUUUACUUUACCAAGCAGGAUCUUUUCUCAAUCUCAAAAACAAACUUUGGUGGUAACUUACCAUUGCCAAAUUCACAACCAUUAUUUUGCAUCAUUCCAGAAAAUUGUAUUUCCUAUAAUCUGAAAAUAAGCUAACAAUAUAAGCACCAUUUGGAAUAAGUAUCAUAUGGAGCUAAUAAAGAAGUUGAUCCUGGUUAUUAUUGACUAAUGGAUAGAUCAGCUAAAGCGUUUCCAAACCAUUCUAGAACCAACUCCUACAUAAAAGAGGCAAGUAGUACAGUAAGCUGCCUUUACAAAGGACAGUAAAAUAAAACCAUUUUCCCCAGAACUGUACCACAUAAUAAACCAAAAUUUAUCAGUUUGCUGCCUCGUUUUCCUAAACAUACGCUGUGAUUAAAGUUAAAGCAACCUGGGCAUCCUUAGUACCCUGAUCGCAAUGUCCAAAAUCUGUAAAUGCAUGUACAAUUUUAUUACCAUAAGCUACAUUGUUUUUAGACUUUGCAUCUAAUGAACAAACAUUAAAAAUAUUUGUGUAAGACAUUUAAUGCAUUAUACUGCAGAUGUAAUGGUGAAACUGUCUAAUAAAAACUACAAGGGCAAAGAGACGUUUAAACAUGUUUGUUUAUAAAGAAAAACCCAAAUCUAACCCAUGCAAUGUUUUUGUUUUGUUAUCCAGAUAAACCAGAAAACUGGGAUGUAUGGUAUGAGAGCAAGUUUGAUGACUGUGACAAAGAAGCAUGUCUGUCUUUCUCAAAGGAAACUCUUUGUACCCGUACCACAGUGGACCACAAUUAUUAUGCGAUCUGUCAGAAUCUCCUGUCUAGACAUGCCACCUGGCGUGGAACUUCUGGUGGUCUUCUUCAUGAUCCUCCUGCAGAGAUUGCCAAAGAUGGCCGUCUUGAGUCAUUGCUGGAUGAAUGUGCUAACCCAAAGAAAAGAUAUGGCAGAUUCAAAGCUGCAAAAGAAUUACGAGAAUACCUUGCACAAUUGAGUAAUAAUGUGAGGUAGUCCAUGUGGUUCCUCCUAUUCGUUUUUACUUUUCUUAGUCUGAUAAAUAAAAGUUUAAUUAGUUGAAGCACGUACAAGAUAUUUUAUAUCACUGCUGUAUGUACAGAAGUUAUAAAUAGAUGCUUUGCUGAUGCCAUGAAAUGGAGCUUGUAUGGCACAGAGGAUGGUAUGCAAUCCUCUGCAAUCAUGCCAGGUACGUGUUCUUAUCUAAUUAAAACUGAAGCUACUAUUGACUUUUUUGCUCGUUGAUUACCUGAGAGGUACAUCUGAUGAGCAUCCCCAGGUGACUUGGGAUAAUAGACUUUGAUAGCAUAAUAGAUUAUUCAUGUGUCAAACAGUAGUUGACAUGACAUUACAUUAGUAUCACAAUUUUUGUGAAGCUGAUGCCUUUACUUGAAAAGUUCAAGUUGAGACUGCUGGCCUGUUUUAUAGGCUUUUUUCUUAAGUCAUAUCAUAUUUGUAUGUUGAUAUACAUAUAUAAAUUUCAGGAUCUGUGUUUUUUUUUCUUUUCGUUUUUUUACCUAUGUCUCGUUGUUUUGCUUCUUAAAUUACCCACUUUGGUGGAAUGAGAUGCUGAAUGUUUAACCUUUUGUAUGCUAAGCAGUUGGUACUCCCAGGCUUAUGAGAGCAAGAAUUUGUCAUUUAAAAAAUAAAAACAAAAUUAUAUAUUUUUUAAAUUCAUGUAAAUAAUUACCCCAGUUUCACAUUAAACAUAAUCCCUUUUGUUUAAGUUCAUCCAGACUAGAUUUGGUUUGGCCCAAUCGUUUGUCAUUGUUCUGAUUGAUUUUGUGUAAGUAUUCUGUGAAAUACUGUUUAAGCCUGUACCCGUUCAGUUAAUGCAACGGGACAGAGAUAUUUUAUUAAAUUGUUUUUUUGUUUUGUGUGAUAUACGGUGGUAAAGCACACACCAAAGAAUAAUAAAACAAAUCACAUCACAUAAUACUCAAGAUUAGCAAUGACUAUAAAUGUACAUUUAUGAAUAGGUGAGAUAUGGAGUAGUGUCAGUCUCUACUUGCCCCUACUGCUUUCUGUUAGAUUAAUUGCAGUUAUGCCCUUAAAAUGCGUGAAUUUUGUGAAAAGAAUAAUUUAAGUAAAUUCUUAUCUUAAAAAAAAAAGAAAUUAAAAAGGUUAGUUUCAAUAUAUUAAACUGCUAUUGUUUUAAAAGCUGUUACACUGCAAAUUGUUGUUGUUUUCCUGAGAUGGUUGCAAAUAAGGUGCAGAUAUGUGUGGAUGUUUCUUUAGAGAGCUAGCAACUAGAGGUUUGGUAAUUGCUUGGACAGCACACAUUUGCAAACACCACACCGAAGCCUGUUUUGCUAUAUAAAUUAUUUUAAUCCUAAAUUUUGACACGUUUACCGCAAAUCAGUCCUUGUUUAUUCAGUAUUUCAGUUUUUCAUUGUGUUUAAUGUUUUCUAAAGGAUUUAAAAUCUAACGGAACAUAAUUUUAAAGUGUUCUAAGCCUUUGUUCUGAUAUGGAGAAUAUAUUUUCAUAUCUGUUCAUUGAAUCAAUAUGGAGUUACAUGUUGGAUCCAAGUAAUGGAGAGUAACAAUAGUGUAAUUCUGGGUAGAGGUUUGUGUGUUUUUUAUCACUGGCUUGUUUCUGAGGUUUACCUGAUGGCAAUUCUCCACACCCAUUCAGUUUAAAGAAAAAAAGGACUUUUCAAUGUGUCCUAAAUUUUACAGUUUUUGUUUGGUUUAGCAAUUAUCUUUUGUUUUAAUAACUUACUAUACUACGUACAUACGUCCCCGGAUAGCCUGUUCAAGCAAUCUUUGGCACAGCACCCACGUGGCUACAAAGAAAAUGUAGCACUAAUGUGAACUAAGGUUGGGCAAAAGUUUUAUCUGAUGGCCCUUGUCUGGUCUCCAAAGGGAUUCUUUCAUUUAAAUUAUUUCCUUUCUAUGUUCUUACUACUCAAUGCACCAUAUACUAUAUUGGAUAUAAUAUAUAUUAUAUACAUAUGAAUUAUAUAAUAUAAUUAUAAGUCCAAGGUUUCAAGGAGUCCAUGUUCUUUCUAAAAGUGUUAAUGAUCUUUUGCCAAGUUAUCUGGGCCUUUAAGUUAUGUUAAAGAAUAAAGGCUUAAGAACAUCUUGCUUUCCCACAUCCUUUACCCAGAUAACUCUGGUAGUCUUCUAGAAAAGCAAGAUUGUAUUUCUAUUCCCCUUGCCAUUUUACAUGUGUACUGUCACCGUAACUGCAUACAAAUGCUAGAGAUCUGUUGCGCUAAACAUUCUAUGCAUAAUUACACUCUUGAAUUUGUUACAAGGCCCACACACUCUAUUUCUAUGCAUUCCUGUUUAUGAAUUACUACUUUUUAAAAUCAUGCUUACAUAAAUUAUAAAUUCCUGCGGUGAACUUUAUAGUAAUCACUAUCCUUCACUGAACUGAAUAUUGUGCAGGCCAGCACAUGCACUCUUUAAAACGCACAAAAUAGAGGGAGUGUCACAUACAAUUUGGUAACUUCAUUAAAAUUAGUUUUGUUUGGUAUGCAACUAGGGAUGCAACUUAAAUUGAUUAUUAAUAAAAGACUGUAUUUCUUCUUAAAUCAACCUGUAAUGCUGGUCAGUCAGUAGAAUAGAAAACAGUGCAUCUGGCUGAGCAUAAUCGCUGUUCAAUUUGUAUUGAAGUGCUAGAUAUCACAGAUUUAUUGAUUAAACCUGUAACUUCAUGGAAGUUGUCUCUACGAAGAACAAAGGUUUUGGCCUUUAACUCCUGCCUAUCGCUGUGUGGGUUCAUAUGCUUCAACAGUGGUCAGUGAGACGGCACCAGGGGACUCCAGGCACAAUAAUCCCUUAAAUUAGAUGUCUCUUUAAACACACAAACCUUUGUACUGUCUGUACUUAUUUUUCAUAAAGCAUUCCAUUUAUGUACUUUGUUUCAGAAAGCAGAUUUUGUUUUUAGCAGCUGGUGUAACCGCUAUAGUUAAACCUAGUCAUUGUUUCACUGUGUUUGUAUUUGAUAACUCUACCUACACACUAGCCUUUCAAGUGGGCAUGAACACCGUCAUGUAUAUUUCAGAUUGUUCUCAUGUUCACUUUUUAGAUGCUUUUUCUAUUCAUUGAGCCUUUGCCAAAAUCUUCAAAUUUCCAAGCUCUAAAAUGGGGUUAAUAACUGAUUUAAUUAGCCUUGAAAGUGCUUGGUCAAUUAGUUGCUAUAGCAACAUAUAGCUUCUUAUUGCAUGCCACAGUUUUUGUGGCAAUUAAUCUUUUGCAAGGUACAAAUACCACAGCUAUGCUAACUUUUUUUUUUUAAUAUAUAUAUUUUUUUCUCUUUUUACACACAAACACCGUUCGUCAUUCACCAUGCACCGCUAGCCUCAGUCUACUAUACUAUCAUGCUUGAAAGGUCUUGUUUUAUCACAGAAGUUGAUUGAAAAUUAAAUGUGCGCCAUUUCUGAUGAACAGGUUGAACAUUUUGUGUGAUUGCUAAACCACAGAAGAGAAAACACUGCCAGCUCUGAUUACUUUUCUAAGGGCUGGUUUGUUAUUGCCAGAUACACUCCUGCUAGAUUCCAUGUGCAUGCACCCCAUGCAGUACAUUGAAAUAUUGUAAUAAAAACAACCCUGCCAGCAAUUUGGAACAUUAAUAUAAACCCUACAGGGAGAGAGGAGUUUAUGUGAGAAGCAAUAAAUCUUUUUGUUCAGUUUGCGCCAGGUUAUUUAUCGUUUUAUUGUACAAGGCAAAAGACUAUUCAUAUUUUUUAGUAGUUGCACAUAAAUUUUAAAGAUUUUCUGUGGAAUAUUUUUGAAUGACCAAAUUGAGGGUUUGUAUGUGCAUUAACAUUGUCUUUUUGUAUUGUAAAUUUACUGUUUAAUUUCAAUAUUUCAUCACAAAUGUCUUCCUGUGCCUUUAUAUAAAAAGCUGUUUCCACAGCAUCUAAUGCAAUUGAUUAAUAAAGAAUACUUUUGAGACUUGUGUAUUUUGUUUUAAUACUUUUUACUAGAUUAUUGCUUCCCUCUGAGAGAAAUUACUAUUUUGAAGGCAGGUAAGUUAAAAGGGAAUUUGUAAUUUGCAAAACACAGACGAUGGUGUUCAUAUCAGGUUGAUAACAAACACUCCAGGUCCCAAAACAUAUCAUUGUUUUGGUAGAACAUUAACUUAGAGCAAUUCAGUCAAUGAAAUACUAUCUCAUCAUCCCUAUAUGUAGAUUUUUAAUUCUUUUUGUGCAGGAUUACAAUUGUAUCCUAAUUUACUGCUCAAUAUCUCUCACAGCAUCCCAUGAGAGAGGCUGUAAACAUCUGGACAAGUGUCUGGUCUGGUUUUGUCAAAAUUACUGGAUGCACUAAUGUAGUAAGUCAACACAAACUGAACUUUCUACAUCCUCUUACAUUUUGCAUAUAAUUUUUUCACCAGUUUUAACGGGGGAACUUUAACUUUUCAAUGCUAUAUUUAUUGCUCUCCUAUAUUAUAACUUAUGUAGCGCCAACAGAUUCCGUAGCGCUGUACAAUAUUAUGAGAGGGGAUUUAACUAUAAAUAGGGCAAUUACAAGAAAACUUACAGUAACGAUAGGUUAAAGAGGACCCAGUUCAAACAAGCUUACAGUCUUAUAGGAGGUGGGAUAUAAAACACGUUAGGACAGGAAAUGGCAAUCAAAUAAGGUGGAAGUGAAGCAGAGCUGGAGGAGAGAGUAAAGUGCUGCCCUUUAGGAGAUAAAAUGCAAUCGAAAAAAAGAGAAACCUGGAGCUUUGGCGACAACCAGACCACUUCAGCUCAUUUAAG